GUCCAGACAUGUUCUGCAUAUUUCAUGGUAAGAAAUAUGGCCCAGGAGACAGCUGGCAUCCUUACCUAGAACCUCAAGGAAUUGUAUACUGCAUACGAUGCACCUGUUCAGAGGUACGUUCUAGCAAUAACUUACCUUACAAUGUAACACGUCUGUUCACUCAUAGUGAUAAGUCUCAUUUCUCAUGAGUCGUAAACCUUUUAUUUUACAUGUAAAAUCCCUUCCCUGAAUAAGCCACUGGUUUCUAAAGUGGAGUAAUUAGGCCCCGUUUUCUUAUUAAUUUUCUGUAGAAUCUCAUGUUUUUAUCAUUCUUUUCAAAUAUUGCAAUGUUGUUGAAAAUAUAUGUUAUGUUAUAGUUGUUUAAGACUGUGGAGGCUAGCAUAGAAUUUCACAAAUGCACAUGCUCCACUGGCUAAAUACAAAUAAAAUACCACCGAUGAAAAUAUGCAUGUAUUUAAGUAAGCAUUUUAUUCAUUGGGAUUAUAUCUGUAAACAGAUGCCUUGUCUGCACCCUGGGCAAGCCCUCCCCUUCUAAACCCGCCCACUUUCCGAGGCUGUCCAAUCACAUACUGCUCACUGCAGCUCAAUGAGAAGUCUUUACAAGAUAGGUGCUCUGAGCAAUUGCUGCCCCUUGAGUUAAAGGACCACUAUAGGCACCCAGACCACUUCAGCUUAAUGAAGUGGUCUGGGUGCCAGGUCCAGCUAGGUUUAACCCUUUUUGCUGUAAACAUAGCAUUUUCAGAGAAACUGCUAUGUUUAUCUAUGGGUUAAUCCAGCCUCUAGUGGCUGUCUCAUUGACAGCUGCUAGAGGAGCUUCCGUGCUUCUCACUGUGGUUUUCACAGUGAGAAAACACCAGCGUCCAUAGGAAAGCAUUUACAAUGCUUUCCUAUGGACUGGCCGAAUGCGCGCGCGCGCGGCUCUUGCCGCGCAUGCGCAUUCAGCCGAUGAUGGAAGAAGAGGGAGGAGAGUCCCAGCGCCGGAAAAAAGGUAAGGGAUUAACCCCUUCCUCCCCCCUCAGCGCCACGGGAGUGGGACCGUGAGGGUGGGGGCACCCUCAGGGCACUAUAGUGCCAGGAAAACGAGUAUGUUUUCCUGGCACUAUAGUGGUCCUUUAAGGUCCACUGAUAUAACAAACCAGGAAGUAAUAAAACCGGUUGUCUAAUUGACAACAAGAGGACAAGAGGGGUACUGAAAUCGGCACUUUUUGCAAAAUGAAAAAAAUAGUGCACGCUUUUCAUACAUAAAGCAUUUCACCAAGCUAAAAUGCUUUCAGGAUCUGGAGUGUCCCUUUAAUUUGGAACAUUUAAGUUGAAUUCUCUUAUGUGCCUACCAACACUGACGGAUCAGGAGGUGAUGCUAUGGCCUUCGAUUUCUUUUGAAGUUUAACUAUUCUUUGUAUGCUGCAUUAUACAGCAUUUUAAAGAUUUUUUUUUUAAUGAGUUUCUGAUAUUUAUUUAUAUGCAAGUUCAAUACGUCAGCACAUUUAUAUUCUACUAAUAUUCAAUGUUUGAAAUAAAUUAAAGGGAUUUAAAAUAUUUUGCCUAGUGAGUUUAAAUGUUACCCUGGGCGCCUAUCUCUCUGAAUUCAUUGUAUUCAUUCCAGUCUUUUUCAAGUAGUUUGGGUUUUAUCAUUCUAUUUGCCCUUGACUCUGUUGCAGAUAAAGCCAGGAUACUGUACUGUCCUGUUCGGCUAACACUCUUUUAUGACAGAUUUACCAUCUGGGUUAAUCACUAAAGUGAGAAUUGCUAAAGAUUUUAAAUGAAUCCAAAUUAAUUUUUACAUUUUAGACCAAAAUAGCCAAUCUGGAAUAACAUUUCAAUUCUGACUAUUCUGACUUUAAAUUCUCACUUUAGCAGAUUACCAUGUGGGUGUAAUACAAUUCUUAAAUUCCCUUUAAGAACAACUUUACCAUAAAACAACUUUAGCUUAAUUAAGCAGUUUUGGUCUAUAUAUCAAUGAAUGACUUUUCACUACUCAAUUCACUGCCAUUUAAGAGUUAAAUCACUUUUAUUUCUGUACAUGCAGCCCUUGCCAGACCUCCCCCGGCUGUGACACACAGCAUGCAUGAAAAAAUGGUUUCACUUUCAGUCAAAUGUAACUUACUUUAAAAGUUUUUAUGUUCUGCACUCUAAAUUUAAAACAUUAAUCACACACAAGAGGCUCCUAAAGGGUCCUGCAAGCUAUUAACAGUGCAAGAGAUAAGAAAUUAUAAAUUAUACAGAAUUUGCAAUAAAGGAAGUAUAAACAUUAGAUGAUUCUUUACAGGAAGUGUUUAUGGAAGGCUGUGCAAGUCACAUGCAGGGAGGUGUGACUAGGGUUCAUAAACAAAGGGAUUUAACUCCUAAAUGACAGAUAAUUGAGCAGUGAGACUGCAGGGGCAUGAUCUAUACACAAAAACGGUUGCAUUAAGCUAAAGUUGUUUUGGUGACUAUAGUGUCCUUUUAAACAUGUGAUGCCCCGAUCAAUGUAAUCUACUAAGGAUGUCAUGUGUUUGUGACCAGGUAUAGAGAUGCAAAUACUGUUAGACAGUCCUGAAAUAUUUUACGUUAUAGAUUCAGUAUCUCCCGUUUGUCUCCAGGUCCAGAGAUGUGAGAAUUUGUAAAAAUCUGGUAUUUUGGCCUUACAUUUGAUAAUCACUUUGAAUUGAAUUCCUGAUAAUUCUCACUUUAGUAAAAUAAUGAGUCUCCAAACGGGGUUUUAGCUAAAUGCAGUUGACAGCAUUGUGCAGUCGAUGAUCUUGCCGGCAUUCAUUUUUAUAAAAAAGAAAACAUCUGAACCAGUUGAGACAGAAAUCUAUGAAUGUCAAACAUUCUGUAUUCAGAAUUAUCCUCUAGUUUUUAUUACUUUGAAUCUAAAAUGGAUUUAAAGUGAAUUUAACAUUUUAUGCCAAAAUAGUCAAACUAAGAAAUAUACUCGACUUUUUUUUCAAUUUCCUUUUAAAUUCUAACCAGUGAAUAACCGAAUUGUGUUUAGUAAAUAUGUCAAUAGCAAUUCCAGGUGAAAGUUAACAAUUUCCACACAGUUUUGGGAUUGAGCUUAACGUGUAAGAGUUUUUUUUUUUUUUUACUUAAGUGCUUUUUAUGAAGUUUUACUGAAGUUAAAGGAUAUUCUUCUUUUUAACUAUUUCAUGUCUUCUGUGGGGGAAAUCGGUUCUCUGUUGGCCUCGUGUAGGGCUGGAGGAAGAUAUAUUCCCCAGCACUAGUGAAUGCGUGACAUCACACAUCAGUUCUAGGCAGUGACUGAGCACGUGUGAGAUCUAUAUUUAGACUGGGCAGUUUCUACAAACGACUCAGACACACACACACACACAUGUUAUUAACUGAGAUAAUUGACUGAGAGCACAGAGCUAACCUGCCCCCAGCGCUCCCAGCCAAUGUCAACAAUAAUGUUAAAUGUUAAUUCCGCAGAGAUUAAUGUUGUCCCCAGUGUAUUUCAUGUCAAACUGUUCCUAAACUGUUUGAUAUUAUACAAGGGGAAGACACAAUAACCAAUUCAGCAAGAUGCAGGGCCAUCUUCAACGUGAGGCCCGCUGCCCUUAACUAUUUAUUUUUUCCCCCAUGAGUCACCGGUGCAGCCAGGGGCCCGCACACUAAGGAGGCCCAUCGGGUGACCCAUGCACUAAGGGCCACCCGAUGGGCAUUUGUAAGCAGGGGCCUGGUCGCGCUCUGAAGGCCCCUUGCUUUCGGCAGCCGGAUGGGAGGAAGUGAGAGCCGCAAGUCACUUCCUCCCACAGUGUACAGAGAGCCACACAGGAGACACCAAGGAGGCAGAGAGGAGUGGGGCUGGGCCGGUAGAGCCCGGUGCUAACCUCCAACAACCUCAGCCACCACUCUAGACACCAGGGAAGUCACACUCCAAGUAGGAAAUGGGAGAUAGGUGGGCAGGGUUCAGGGGACCCAAUACAUUGUUUUGCCAAGGGUCUUUUCACCCCAUACACAACAUUUUCAGCAGUGUUCUCUUUAUGAGUAACCCUAAUUAGCUGCCUUGCAAGUAAUGUAUUUGUGCCUUAUGCUCACAAACUGUAAUCAUGUUUGGAUUAUGACAGCAUUCUGAGAAUCUUACCAAUGCAAAACAUUUGUACCAUGUUUGUAUUUUAGUUUUAAUUUGUGUUUAAUUUGUAUAAAGGCUGGCAUAUCACGUCUAAUACAAUAUGUAGCAGAGCUGCAAUAUUAAAUCCCACGAUCUCCGCUGGUGAAGAAAGUAAUCCAAAGUAAAGCGCUGAAAAGUAAGGCAAUAUCCCAAAUCCCCCACUAACUGGACAAAACACAGUUCUGGGAGUCAACUGAGGUUUUUAUUCACAGCAUCCAGUAUUUAUGCAAGUCCCCGUGCAAGGGGUUUCCCUACUGACAUAGCAGGGGUAACACAGUAGGGGACUACAUCGGGGACUUAACAUUCUGAACAUUUCUCCCAUCAGGCACUGCUGCACGAGAGGGAUACUCCCACUGGAAUACACUGUUAAGUGGAUUAUCCCUCCAUGCAGCAGAACCGGCAUUUUACAUUUAAAUCCAUAACUUUAACAAUACUUGGUAGAUUUAAACGAAUGGACGUUCGGUAGAUAGCUGGGGUCUGAGUGCACAGUUCGUAAGAAUACCGCUCAGAUCCCAGCUAAAACAACUAAACGCCGCAUGAAACACACUUUGCCAUUGAGUUCGCACCAAAGUACCGAACACCGAUGGGGAACCCUAAUAGUGAAAGACCGGAGCUCCUGAACGGCCUAGAAGUCCAGCGGUGUUCGCGCCGUCGAGUAGCCGUUUUUAGUUCCACGCGCUCGACGACCAAACACCGCUGGGGGGACAAAGGAUCCAAGAUGGCCAACCGCCUCGUGGUCGGUAGCCGAACGGCAGCCACCUAGGAAAGCCUCUAAUUACCGAUUGCAACAUUGUUGCAAUCGGUUAACGAGCGCCACACGUCCCUCUCUGUGUGAGCUAUUAGGGGGUAGCUCAUUCGGUUCACGAACAGCCUGUAAAGUGGCUGUUCGUGAAACGAAACAAAUUAAUGCUAGCGGCUUUCGGCUGCUAGCAUAUGAAUUCAAUACAAACAUACAUUUCCACACAGUAAGCAGAAUACAUUUAAACCUUUGUAGUGCAGCAGUGUUCCGGACAACCUUUAAAGUCACAGCCAUAUAAUCUGAAGUGGCUAGGUUUGCCACACAAUAUAACUAUUCUCGAUAAUUCUGCAAAACAUGGAUAAAGAAACAGAAAGUAAAAGUUUACGUUUUUUUUAAAUUGUUGAGCACGAUAUGUGACACAAGUGUUUCUCUUUUCUAACAUCAUAUUCUUGCUUUUUAUCCUAUAUUUAAAUAGAAAAAAAACUACACUUAUUCCCCGAUAAAAAUGUUUUAAAAACCAAUGACCAAUUUUAAAACCUCUUAACACAACAAUAUAAAGAGAUAAAAACAGUUUUUUGGUUUUUUUUAAGGGAUCCAUUUGCAGAAAAAGCUUCUAAAAUUAGGAGAAGCUGACAAAUUGUUGAUGUGAAGCACUUUUUUCCAGACAAAUGGCAGGACCAGUUUCAUUCAAUCAGUAGGGACACCCCAGGCAGCCACCAACAAUGGGGCAAUGUACUUUAAAAAAUAUUAACAGGUAAUACUGUGCUUAGAAUUAAGUGAGUGCAAUUAAUCUGUCUGGGGAAAGCUGCCAAGUGAUGUCAGUGCUGUCUGGCAUGGCCGUCUGGUGUCACACUGUGUGGCUGUGUUAGGAAUGUCAUCUGAACGCUCAAUCUUGCUUGAGAGCAAAGAGCUGUGUCUACAUCAUUAUCAAUUAGCUCUUAAGUGCCCAGCGUUCUACGGACCAGAUUCAUCUUCUAAACCUAAGAAAGAUUCCUUGUUACGAUGGCUGGAUAUGGCUGGUGCUUUGAAACCACUGGCCGGGCAAAGAAUGUUAUAGCUUGUAAAAAGGAACGUUAAUUCACACCAUUUCAAACCUUUUUAAUGAUGUGGGAUAAUAGAGCAGCUUAUUAAACUAACCAGGGCUAUUACAACACAACAUCACUCUGUAAAGGAUCAUCGAUGUAGAAUUUAUGGCUUUAGAUCGCACACAUGACAUUUGCAUAGUCGCCUUAUUGGCAUAUGCAUAACCCCACCAUUACCCAUUUCCCAAUAAAACACUGACACCAUAAUUUUGGCAAAAUUAUAUCACAGCUUAAUUAAUUGUUAACAGUAAAUUUAAAGGUCAUUGUCAACAGCAUGCCAACAUUGGCCUGCACAAUUUCCAUCUUGCAUUUUACCUUUUAAACCCCUUGACAAUGACCCACUCCUACAUAAACAUAAUACCCCAAACAUUGUAACACCAUGUACUUAACAUUGAACAUAUCACCAUUGCCAAAAAAGGACACCACCCAUUGCCACCAAAGGUCACCACAAGUUUAGGGGCAUACCGAGACACCCCUACACACCCAGGUUCGGAGCUACCGACGAGCUCGAACCUACCAAACCAGUCCAAAGGCCUACCUAUUAGCCCUAAACUCCAAUUUUACCCCAUCUCACUCUUUUCUCCCCCCAAUAUUACUCUCCAUCCCCCGCCACAGCUCAGAGCUUGACUCCUCAAUCUCCUGAGCGACCUCCCCCACCCAGGGAAAAUAUUGCCCUCUGUACGCCUUCCUGAAAACCCAACAACAGAAAAUCCAAACCCACGUCGGAGAGAUGGACCCCAUCAUGCCUAUAAUAACCUGGAAGCAUGUCUUCCAACUCCAUAUGCCGAAUCACAACCCCACCCAACCGCCUCACAUACGCUGCCAUCACCUUGUUGACUUUUCCCUUAAUCUUGGCCACUGCGGAGGACUUCCACGCAUGCCGCCAGUGCAACCUCGGAACCAUUUCCGACCAUAUGACCAUAACCCCCGGCACUAACUCUCUCAGCUUGUCCACAUCCCUCUUCAUACUCGCAAUCAACUCCUUCUGUGGUACCAGCCCUACAUCAUUGCCCCCUGCGUGAAGCACAACCAUGUCCAGAACCUGCCCCAAACGAAUUUUGUUAAACAUUUCCAAACAAAUUGCAUUCCAACUCCAACCCCGGUAACCAAACCACCGAAGCUGAACCACGGAUUGCGGAAAGCCCGGCUGUAGACCAUAUCGGCGAACUGCAUCUCUCCGAUGCGCCCAAUAUAUAUAUACGAGUGUCUGACCACCCAUGCCGUCCAACCUGUAAAAACAUAACGAGAACAUAGACAAACACAAAACAAAACAACAUAAUACCACUGUCCACCACCAACCACCCCUAGGGCUUACACCAACUUAUCGGCCUGACGUAGGAUCUAAACCUCACCGACUCCCACCUGCCAAUCCUCUUCACCAACUCAUCCCCCAGGCCCAGUCUCGCAGCCACCGUUGCCGCGCCAGUCCUAAAGGAAUGAGUCCCGAAUUGGCCCGGGUCCACCCCCAGCCUUGACAACGCCAUCCGGAAGACCCUGAGAAACUGAAACUUCGAUAGGGAAGAGCCGUCCAAGUGCCUAAAAAAGGAACCCCGACACUCGCCCGAGCCUCGCGGAAGGCUGUUGCGCACCUGACCGGGCACACUUCCCCGCCUGGGAGCUCCCACAACGUAACCAAACUCCUUUUCCCCAACACGUCUGUUUUGGAACGCCUCAAAUUGAAGCCCCCCGGCCCCAAGACGAUUGCUGCUGACCAGCUCGCUGACUCGAAAAAGGCAAAACUAAAAACCACUGCAAACAAUGCGACUUCACACCCUGAAAAGCACACUUCGGGCAGCACUCUGACCACCCGCCGAAGCAAUUCGAAUGACACCGGUCUCCUGGAAUCAACCGACACCUUGCCCCUCCUAAAAUCUUUUUAGGCUUGCCUGAUGAGGAAAUGUUUUGUGACAUCCUCCCAACCGGCAAACUUAAACAGAAAGGCUAAAGCUGCUAACUUACGCCCGACUACCGCUGCUGAGGCCCCUGAGACGAACAGCCUACAAAGGAACCACAAUAACGAGUACAGCCGAGCCUCCCGCCAGAGCUGACCCCAGCUCCAGCUCGUCUCACUCCCCCCACACCUUACUGUACGCCGUCUAGGUAGCGGGUGCCAGAGAGUCCCUGAUCAGUCCGCCAAGCAUGAGCAAGCGAGCCACCACAUCUCGUCUGGGCAUGACAUCUCCUCCGCUUGCGCACCAAGCGCCGCAUGCCGAAACCUCUCCCACUGCGAACGAGACAAUGCGUCAGCUAUAACAUUCAAUAAUCCGGGCACGUGGCGUGCCCUGAAAACAAUAUUAAACUGCAUACAGAACAAGACAAAGAAGCCGCACUACCGGGAUAGAGGACGCUGAAAGCCCAUUUACUGCCUCUACCACCGUCAUGUUGUCCGAAAAGAAUACAAUCUUCCUAUCCCGCAACUGAGGACCACAUAAUGACAGUUCUACAACCAAUGGGAACAUCUCCAAGAAUGCCAAGUUGCGGAUCAGCGGGCUGGCCUUCCAUGCCGCCGGCCACGUUCCUGCACACCAGCGGCCAGCGAAGUUAGCCCUGAAACCGACACUCCCCGACGCAUCCUUAAACAGCUCCAAGUCCGGGGACGACGAAAAAACACCUUCCCAUUAAAAUCCUGUAAAAAGGCCACCCAGACGUCCAGAUCGGCCUUCAUAGCCGCUGAGACACGAAUAAGAUGGUGUGGGAACACCCCCCCCCCCGUUGCCCUAGCCAAGAACCUGUUAAAGACCCUACCCACCGGAAUCACCUGACAGGCAAAGUUUAGCCGACCCAGCAAUGACUGAAGCGUCCGGAGCGUGACUUUUUUUAGCUCCCCGCACCUCAGCCACUGCCUUCCGAAGUUCCAGCAACUUAUCCUGCGGCAGCCUACACUCCCUUUUAACUAUUAGUCUAUCUCCAAGCCCAAAAAACUCAAGCAUGUCGUAGGUCCCACCGUUUUGUCCCCGGCCAAAGACAUGCGCCACCCACUCCAGUGUCCUCAGUCCUAUGUGACAUUCCUCUGAGCCGGGAGGCCCGAUGCAUAAGAAAUCAUCCAGGUAAUGAGCUUAGUGCCCACCUCUAUCUUCACCACCCAUUCCAGGAAUGUGCUAAACUUUUUAAAGUACGCACACGAUAUAGAGCAUCCCAUGGGCAAGCAUAAGUCCACAAAAUACUCGCCGUCGAAGUGACACCCCAAUAAGUGAUGACACUCGGGGUGAAUUGGAAGCAGGCAAAACCCCGCCUCCAUGUCCACCUUCUCCAAUAAUGCCCCACGACCCGCCCACUGCACCAAAUUCACCGCUUGGUCGAAUGAGGCGUUCGACACUGAGCACAGUGCCUUGUCAAUGUCAUCUAUAACCGACGACCCUUUGGGGUAAGAAAGGUGAUGUAUUAGGCGGUACUUACCCAACUCCUUCUUGGGAACCACCCCCAGUGGGGAAACCCUCAGGUUAGGUAGAGGGGGCUCCUUGAACGGCCCCGCCAUCCUACCCAACUGAACUUCCUUAAACAACUUCUCCCUAACCACCCCCGGAAACUUCCCCACUGAUUUUAGGUUGCGCAGCCGAUGUACCAUUACCCUCUCCCAAAACGGGAUCACAAACCCUUUUAAAAAGCCCUCAUCAAGCAGAACCACAUCCUCCCUGUUAACGCAGCGGCUUAGCCAAGGUAGCAUCGCGCUGACCUUUACCGGCGUUGCCCCAGUUGCAGUGGAUGAGGCCGAACCCCCGGGCGGCUGCCUUACCUUUCUUGAAGCACCUGUGCAAUCCAUGGGUACCUCCACAACCGGAGCACUCAUGCUUGAAGCGACAUGUAGCCCCCAUUUGUACUGCCCUUUGUUAUAGAGCCAAUAAUAGCCCCGCUUUUGGUUGGCCAACACGGUGGUGGAAGCGUCCGUGCCAGCCCCCGGCUGAAAGGGAGACGCCUUCUGUGCCAUCAUAAGCUUCAUCCAGAGCGGAAGAUCCAUUUGGUCCCACCGCAUCCCCGGAUUAGCCACCAGGCGCUGACGUAACUGCUCGUCAUAUCGCCACCACGUGAGACCCCCAUACGUGCGAUACGCUUCCCACACGCCAUCCAAAAAGCAAAAUAGCUGCGAACAGCGCUUCGCUGCCUUCUCGCCCAUCACACUGGCCAAAAUGCUGAAUGCCCUCAACCAAUUCCCAAACGUCUUAGGUAUCUUCCUAUACCGCCGCUUCUUUUCCUCAUCCUCCUUCUUAACGUCCUUCUUAUCUUCCUCCUUGAGGUCAAGGUAGUCCUCUAGGGGGAGAAGUGAAAAGAGUUCCACAAACUCCCCUUUCCAAAUAUGAUCCUUCACCUCCAGUUUUAAGUGGCAGCCUAAAGGGCCCGCAAAAGAAACGUGUACGUUCUGCCGCGCGGCCUCCAGGAUUCCCCCAAGUAAACUGGCCCUCUCACUCACCGGCUCAGGUGCCGCUACCGUGGAGGUCAUGCCCAACUCCCCGUCCCCGCUGCCCCCGGCCACCACAACCCCCACCGGACUAGACGCUGAAACCUCCCCCUGUGGAGCCCGCACGUUACUGCAAUCCCCAACUCUCCCUUUUCCCGCACCCCAAGAAUCAAUUAAAUGCUUAAUGCCCUCCAACAGCUCCCCUGAUUGCUGCAAAGACAAUGUCUCACCUUCUGAACCCCUUUGCCGCCGAAGCCCAUGGAGUUGCCGACCGACCAUGGCUGUCCUGACCCAAGCGCUCCACUGCUUUGAGCCGUACUCCUAUAGUGCCAGAUCUCACCCGAUCCACGGGCGACCGUGAAGACGCCUGUCCCAUGACACGGUCAAGCUCUGUUAUACACUCAGACACAUUACUGGGAGUAUUAUUACUGUGGGGCUCUGUUAUACACUCAGACACAUUACUGGGAGUAUUAUUGCUGUGGAGCUCUGUUAUACACUCAGACACAUUACUGGGAGUAUUAUUGCUGUGGAGCUCUGUUAUACACUCAGACACAUUACUGGGAGUAUUAUUGCUGUGGAGCUCUGUUAUACACUCAGACACAUUACUGGGAGUAUUAUUGCUGUGGAGCUCUGUUAUACACUCAGACACAUUACUGGGAGUAUUAUUGCUGUGGAGCUCUGUUAUACACUCAGACACAUUACUGGGAGUAUUAUUGCUGUGGAGCUCUGUUAUACACUCAGACACAUUACUGGGAGUAUUAUUGCUGUGGAGCUCUGUUAUACACUCAGACACAUUACUGGGAGUAUUAUUACUGUGGAGCUCUGUUAUACUCUCAGACACGCCAACAAUAUGGAGCUCCUAGAAAAGAGGGACAGAAUGAUUUGGGCUCAUAAUUGGGACUGUCCCUCCCAAAUAGGGACACUUUGAGGUUUGUACCUGAGUGCGUCUGCAGCUAUGUGCCAGCAGUGACAUUGAUAGCAUCACUGGUACAGCGGCAAUUAUGCAUCUCAUUCUGUAACACUUCUUUCUUCUCAAUUUCAGAAUCUAUAAAAAUGUUUUAUUACUAGUCACAGCGAUUUAACAUUAACCGAUAAGUUGUGAUCCUGACAUACAUACAUGGAAUUGUAAUUUCUUAUAUUAUUGUUUUUUAAAACACAUUCCAUACACAUCAGUGCAUGAAAACAACAAACCCUUUCAUAAAAUCUUCUAUGUUUUUUAUCACGCAGGGUGGGAAUGUGAGCUGUUACAGAAUAAAGUGUCCAGUUCUUCAUUGUGUCCACACGGUCACCGAACCUCACCAGUGUUGCCCAAGAUGUAUUGGUAAGUAUUGACAUGGCUUUGGCUUCACAAUAAUCACAGGGUUUUACAGAGACAAUCAUCCAAUAAACCUUUCGCUUCCAAAAAUAUAUACACAUUUUACUUUCAUUUGCAAAGCAAUAUGAGCCAAACAUAGCUAAAAAAUCAACAACGCCUCAUCUACCUUCCUGCCAGGGAUUCAUUCUGACCCUCCAAAUGUGCUGAAAAUGACAGCGUACCCUCUGCCCUCUCAGGAAAGGAAGCAUUAAAUAAAAUAACUUUAUUAGUGAAUUAUACUAUUAUGUUAGUGAAAGCAGUAUAAAUACCAAGAUUUCUGCAGGACUUCUUAAAUCCCUGUAUUUUACAGAUAAAUGAUUCCACUGUAAUUACUGUACAUGUUCUUUUGACAUUGUUGGGAAAUAUCCUCGCUAUUAAUGCAAUCAAGGUCCUUACAAAAAGCCAUAAGCAAUAUCUGACAACAUUCAUCUGUAUAUUUUUGUGAAACCUACCUUGCAAAAUUCAGGUAUAAUAGCCAAACUGUGUGUAAAAGGUUAUUCCGGCAUUGAUUUGGGGGAUAUUCUGAGGUUUCAGUUCACUGUGUGUGUUGUAUGAGGGGAAUAAUCUGUGUUGUAUUUUAGAGUGACUGUCAGUGUUGUGUAUGUGGGGGAUACUUUGUGUUGUAUGUGGGCUGUGUGUGUUGUGUGAGUAUGUGUGAGAUGGUAGGUUGUGGGUUUUGUAUGUGGGUUGUUUGUAUGACAUGCUGUGCAUGUGGUGACACUGUGUGUUGUGUGAGGGAGACAGUGUGUGUGUGUGUGUGUAGACAUGUGUUGUGUCUUUAGGAAGACUGUAUUUUUGCAUGUGUGGGCUGUGUGUUGUGCGAGGGGAAGAUGGGUGUGUUAUGUGACUGGGGAGGUCAUGUGUUUUCAGUCUCCCCAAUAAUUUUGACAUUUAAAAUUGUGCAUCGUUUUUGGUUGCCCCCACGUCUACUUAGCUAAACCAUGGAGGGGUGUUUUAGACAUAUCUGUGUAAAUAUCUUUGUAGUCUCUGAGAAGCCAAUAUGGCUUGCUCUAGAUCUUAUCACAUUGAAGUUCCCUUAGAAGAGGAGCAUGCAAUGGCUAAAGCUAGGGUUGCCUUAAAGGGACACUCCAGUCCCCUCAAGCACUGCAGCUGUCUGAAAUGUUUUAUGUGUGACCUCUUUUUUCAUUUCACAUUAAAUACAGAUUUUAAUAGAAAUUGGCCUUUUUUUAGGAAUUGUCCUGUAACUUGUACGCAGUACUGGAGACCAUAUCUCCAGAAGGAUAUUGAUACCUUAGAGAGGGUUCAGAGAAGGGCUACUAAACUGGUUCAUGGAUUGCAUGAUAAAACUUACCAGGAAAGGUUAAAGGAUCUUAACACGUAUAGCUUGGAGGAAAGACGAGACAGGGGGGAUAUGAUAGAAACAUUUAAAUACAUAAAGGGAAUCAACACAGUAAAGGAGGAGACUAUAUUUAAAAGAAGAAAAACUACCACAACAAGAGGACAUAGUCUUAAAUUAGAGGGACAAAGGUUUAAAAAUAAUAUCAGGAAGUAUUACUUUACUGAGAGGGUAGUGGAUGCAUGGAAUAGCCUUCCAGCUGAAGUGGUAGAGGUUAACACAGUAAAGGAGUUUAAGCAUGCGUGGGAUAGGCAUAAGGCUAUCCUAACUAUAAGAUAAGGCCAGGGACUAAUGAAAGUAUUUAGAAAAUUGGGCAGACUAGAUGGGCCGAAUGGUUCUUAUCUGCCGUCACAUUCUAUGUUUCUAUGUUUCAAUGGAGCUAAACUCAAGAGACAGCAAUUCAGAGCACCUGCCUUGCAAAGACUUCCCAUUGAGCUGUAUUGGGAAGUCUGUGAUUGGACAGCCAUAGAAAGUCUGGCUGGGGUUAGAAGGGGAGGGGUUGCAAUGGCAGCAGACAAGAAAAGUGCAGAUUUUGAAGGCUGUUUUAGAUAUGAACCUAGCAAUGAAAAAAUGCAUGCAAGUUUUACAGUGGUUUUCUUUCAUGUAUUUUAAAUUUGGCCCGUGGAGUGUCCCUUUAAGUUUUCGUUCCAGUUCUUGGCUGCUGAAUGAUGGAGAGUUGUGGAGCUCUUUUAUAGACUCAGACACACCAACAAUAUGGAGUUGAUAGAAAAAAGGGACAUAGAGAAUUGUGUUCAAGAUAUGGACUGUUUCUCUUAAAUAGGGACACUUGGGAGGGAUGGAAAUUGGAAGUGAAUAUGGUGUACUGCAAGGAGUGUAUAUGUUCAGUUAUAUAUACUGGUAUAUUAGAAUUACUGGUAAAAUAGGCCUAAAAUAUGAAAUUAAUUUUAGGGGUUAUUCACAAAAGUGGGAAUUGUGGGGAAUUUGAAGUGAAAUAAAAAUGGAAAAUUCUCCAAGUAAAUUGAGCUAUUUCGGCCUAAAAUCCGAAAUUCUCUGCGAAGUCAUGGUAAUAGAAUCUUUGUCGGUGUACACACCUUCCUGUUGUUUACCUGUGACUUUAUCAUUGUUUCUUUAUUAAAUUUUCUCACAACAAAUUUUCUUCAUAACCAAAAGGACUGGAGAUAACAUGACAAUACGCCUUUUUGUCUACGGAUCCGGCCUAGGAUUUAAAUAGAAAGGAGAAAAGUAAAUGUGUUUAAUAAAGGCAGUUUCGUGCUCAGAGUGAGGUUUUUUUUUUUUUUUUUGAGGCAACACAGAUAUCAUAAUAAUGCAAACCUUAGAACUAACAGUUUGUUUAAUCCCGAGACUUCAAAACGUUGAUAAAACUGUUUACUUCUUGGGAAAAGAUGGGCCCAUUAGUCAGGAGCCAGACUGAAAUAAAAGCAAUCUGCUUAGCAUCAACAUCUGUCCAUUGAUUUAACCUCCGAAGGACAGAGCCAGAUAGGUGCAUGAUGUGUAUUUUUGGAAUGGAUUUGGCAUACUACUGCCUAUUAAAGAGUUAAUGGUGUUAUUAAAUAUUUUAACCCUGUCUGUGCUGUUUAUCCAUCACCUGUCUCCACAGAGCCGCACUCACCGUCUGGUCUCAGAGCGCCUGUGAAAUUUUGCCAGCAUAACGGAACAACCUACCAGCAGGGCGAAAUGUUUACCACGUACGACCUCUUCCCCUCACGGCAGUCCAAUCAGUGUGUGCAGUGCAGCUGUUCGGUACGUUCAAUAACUUCACUGUCACUAUUAGUACUCUGCUAUCAUCAGAAGCCUGAUAAACCCAGAAUUAAUAGCAGCCCAUGAACAGGGGGUAUUGUAGGAUUCAUCGCUAACUUUCUUAAUGUUGGAAACCUAUGGAAAGGCUUACCAAGGUAAAGGUAAACUGUUUGAAAAUGAUUGCAUUUCCACCAUAAUUGUCUCCACUGGAGUCCUGGCACCAUAGCACCAUAAGCAUCAGUGAGCUGUAGUGAUUUAGAUUGGCUCUUUAACGUAUUCAGAACUUUACCAUUGUUUAUAGCUUUUCAUACAAGCUAUCUGUUUUAUAUUUUAAACACACUCUCCCUUUGCUGAAGUUUAAAAAAAAUAGUUGAUAGUUUUAGUAUUGUAUUGUGUUCGCAAGAUUGACCAUCUUCUUUGAAUCCAACUUUCUGUUUAACCAGCUUCUGUCUGGAUUCUGCGCUCAUCACUCUGUUGAAACAGCUCUGACCAAAGUAUCCAAUGAUUUCAUUGCUGCUAAAUCCAGUGGUCACUAUUCUCGUCCGAUUAUCCUUGACCUUUCUGCUGCUCUUGUUCAUCAAUGACUUUUUCUCAUUCGCCAUAAUCUUGGUCCACAAGAGCUUUCCUGGUUCUCCUCUCCCAAUGUCUUCCGGUGUUUAAUUUUCUGGUCCGUCCUCUUCUCUGCAAGCCCUCUCUGUUGGUGUUCCCAGGGUUCUUGCCUUGGUCCCCUACUGUUCUUGAUCUUACUUUGUUCCUUGGUAAACUCAUGACCUUCUUUGGCUUCCAAUGCUACAUCUAAAGAGAUAACAUGCAAAUCUACCUUCCUAUGGAUAGGAAUUGCCCCGCUACAGUCUGUAAUGAAUGCUGCAGCUAGACUGAUUUUCCUCUCUAGUCAGUCCUCUCACACAUCACCCCUCUGCCAGUCCUUACAUUGGCUCCCUGUAUCCUAUAGGAGUCAAUUCAAAGUGCUAACCCAUACAUUUAAAGCACUGAACAAUUCUAGCCCCUCUUAUAUCUCCUCAAUGAUCCAUAGGUAUGCCCCUCCUCGUUCCCUCCGCUCUGCCCGUGACCACCUCCUGAUCGCUGCUCGCACCCGUACAGCCAACUCGCGCUUGCAGGACCUCUCACGGGUGGCUCCUUUCCUAUGGAAUAGCCUGCCUACCGCCAUCAGACUCUCCCCUAGUCUUCAAUCAUUUAAGAAGAGCCUUAAAACCCAUCUCUUCAGGAAAGCUUAUGGCCUCCCAGAGUAACCUCUACCUUACGUUCCUGUAUCUUGCUCUCCCCUAUAGGGCAGAACUCUACCCCUUCCUCCAGCUCUGCUUCACUCCCACCCUAUUUGAUAUUUCCUGUCCUAACGUGUCUUAUACCCCACCUCCUAUAGACUGUAAGCUCGUUUGAGCUGGGUCCUCUUCAACCUAUCGUUCCUGUAAGUUUUCUUGUAAUUGUCCUAUUUAUAGUUAAAUCCCCCUCUCAUAAUAGUGUAAAGCGCUACGGAAUCUGUUGGCGCUAUAUAAAUGGCAAUAAUAAUAAUAAUAAUAACAUGCAGUACUUCCCUUCCUAUGGAAUAGCCGGCUUACCGCCAUCAGACUCUCCCCUAGUCUCCAAUCGUUUAAGAAGUGCCCUAAAACCCAUCUCUUUAGGAAAGCUCAUGGCCUCCCAGACUAACCUCUACCUCACAUACCUGUUGCUCUCUCCUAAAGGGCAGCACUCUACUCUCUCCUCCAGCUCUGCUUCACUCCCACCUUAUUUGAUUUCUAUUUCCUGUCCUAACGUGUCUUAUACCCCACCUCCUAUAGAAUGUAAGCUUGUUUGAGCAGGGUCCUCUUCAACCUAUCGUUCCUGUAAGUUUUUUUGUAAUUGUCCUAUUUAUAGUUAAAUCCCCUCUCUCAUAAUAUUGUAAAGCGCUACGGAAUCUGUUGUCGCUAUAUAAAUGGCGAUAAUAAUAAUAAUGUACCUGUCCUCUGCUGAUCUCUAACCAUCCCUCUUGAUUCAUGCCUCAGAUAUAGGCCUCAAUUUAAAGUUCUGGUACUUACAAAGUUUAUUCUGUUGUGGGUGCACUGUUUGUGCGAAUUAAUAAUGUGUAUAUUUAAAGGUGCAUUGUCAGUGUUAAUAAGUGUGUGUUUGUGGAUGUAGUGCUAGUGUGAGUGAACGUGUGUAUUUCCUGCUGUAAUGUUAGUGCGAAUAAGUAUGUGUGUGUAUAUGUAGAGCAGUGGCAGUCUAAAUGCAAUGGGCAUACUUGUAAUGAAAGGGCAGAAUAACAUCUACACACAUUUUUAUUAUUAAAGUGGAAUCUGCAAACUUUGCUUUCAUCAUUUCAGAUCAUAUCUUUUUACAUGUGAUACCACUUUGAAAAGCAUUUCUCAAAAUAAAUAAUGCAGGCUCAUGGAAUCGGCUCUAAGAUUAAUUAUGUUGCUAGAAUCAGUCCAGGUGUAAGAGAUUUUCUCUACAAAUGUCAGUAUUCCCAACUUAUCCCCAGUAUUCCGACAGCCCUUUCCUGGCCAGUCUCCAUAUUCCAUGAUAGUGUGACCGGCAGUGCACCGUGCCCUAUAGUCCCUCAUUCCUCUCCAUUUUUCUAUCAGUGUUACGUUGUGGUCUCCUUCCAGUCGUCCUGUUCCGUCCUCUCUUGUACUGCUUGUGCCCUUCCUUUCAGUUGUGUUUGUUCUCUCGCAAGUUACAUGCUUUCUUCCUCUUCCAUAGCUCUCUUUUUGCUCACUUUUCUUUAAUUUAUUUUAUAUAUAUAUAUUCUUUCAAUACUCACAGAAAGGAUUAUAAUUUUAAAAACUAUUCUUGAGGUCCUUUAACGUAGACUAAUAACUAUGAAAACCAAUAAGAUCAGCUGUAAGAGUCCAUUGCUUUCCUUGGUGACUGAGUCUAGUUCUCUCUUAAAAUUCUCUGUUUCCGUUUCAGGAUGGACAGAUCUACUGUGGGUUAGUGACGUGCCCGGAGUUGGUUUGUUCCUCUCCACUUACCGUCCCAGAUUCCUGCUGCCCAGUCUGCAGAGGUAAGUGUUCAAAGUCCCCAGAAUUAUUCCCUAUAUACCGGAAUAAUCUCUGGCAAUCAAGUCCUUAUACAAAAAUAAAGGGGCUCCUAUACUGUAAUUAAAACCCCUUAUGCCAUGGUAACUCAUAUUACAGGUAUCAUUAAUAAUAUCUGCAUAUGGUAUGUGAAAAUAUUCUACAGUAUUUUAAUUAUUACAAUAUAAUAAUAAAACACAAAGUAUUUCAAUAUUUUGGCAGAAUAUUAAUUGAGGUUCAAAAUUUGCAGUCUCCAGGAAUUCUCCAAGUUAGUUUCAUUUAGUGGGUAAAAUGUUUUGGAUUGGAAUUGGUGGCCCUUUUUGGGCAGCCUGCUCUUACAGUCCAAUCCAAUAAUGUCCAGGAUUCUUGGCUUAAAUAUAUGGGGUAUCUUUAGGCCCAUGAAUUGGCUAUGGUGGCAUGUCAUUGUUCUUUAUUGUUAUUUUUUUGCAACAAUAUAAUGGGUUGAAUGUAUGGCUAGAAAAUAACUUUGCGGUCAGUCUAUAGCAGCCCCUGAUGUAUGUUACUUCCAUUUUUUCUGACAAAAGCAGAUCACUGAGCGUGUGGGACAUUUGUAGUUAUGCCAUUCUGUAUUCACUUUUUUUUAUACAAAUUUUUUAAACGUAUCUAAUUUCAAAGAGUUUUAAAAUGUUAAUGGUUGCUGAGUGACAGUUUUUUUUUUUAUAUGUGUUUUGCAGACAGUUCAUAUGAGAGAUCAGGAGAAGAGGAACAACUCCAGUUAAACAGAGGUGUUGUACGUGACAUUUCAUUUUCUAAACAAAAAAAUGUAUUGAGUCUUUUUUAAAAUGCAAAUGUUGGUUGGAAUCAUUUAGAACAUGUCACAAUUUAAUCAGAUCUUUUGUAAAACCGUAAUUGGAUCCAUACAAUUAUUUGGUGACGGGAAAGCAGACAAUUGCAUUUUCGUAGAAAAAAAAUAUUAUCUUGUUUGUAGUCCGACUCAAAUAUUUGACCUCCUAGCAUUGGGCAUCCAAGUGACUACGCAUGUUACUGGUGAAGCCCAUAAUGGUUGGAGCACUGGUUGCUGACUGAUGGGUUCUGUAUGUCUGACCCCCAGCCCACAAGACCUUGCAGAGAGUGCUGCUGAAGUGCUGUCUGCUGGGUCCUAGUACACAUUAACAGCGAUAACACGCCUAAUGGUGUGCUUGCGCUGUGCUGUCUGAGGAUAGUUCCCGGGAGACUAAGGAUGGUGGGACAGGAGCACAAAAAUGGGACUGUCCCAUCAAAAUCGAGAUUGCUAACUGACAUGUAUCUCUGUGUGAAGUUCUGUUACGACAGAGGGAGGAUACAUAUGUCUUGCCCGAGAUGAGGCCUCCAAGCUUCAUUGAGGUAAUCCUUACAUUAUUACCCAUUCAUUAUGUGAAUGAUAUCAUCGAUGAAGUCGCCAUCCGUGCUUUACGGAAAGUUCAUACAACUACAGUAGAAUAUAUAUAAAAAAGUAAAGUUUAAAUAAAUCUAUAUAUAUUCAAAAUGUUUUAACUUUUUCUAUUGUGGCCUAUAAAUGUAAUUUCUAGGUCAAUUACCAACAACUCCCAGCUUACACAAUAUUUCUUUUUAUUUUUUUAAAGGAACACUUCAGUAACCAUAAGAUCUUCAUCUAAAUGAAAUUGUUAUGGUGCCAGAGAGCCCCUGGGUCUAACCCAAAAUGCUGCCGCCAGCCCUUGAUAUCCAUGUCCCCCAGCAGUAUUCAGGUUCUAAAACCAAGGCUCGGGAAAAACAGAGUGCAUUAGGCAGGGGAGCUGAUGAUUGGCUAGAGCAGACAGCUGAUGCUGAAAACCAAUCAGUCGCUCCACAUUUGUAAAAUAAGGCUGGGUGACCUGGUGCACUGGAGGCAUCCUUUGGGGUUAAACUGCAAGGCAAGAGAGAACCUCCUGGUAUUAUUGAUGAAGUUGUUAUGAUGACGAAGUGUUCCUCUAACUAUACUUUUACAUUAAACAUAAAUACUAUUUUAUCCCAUGUUAUUGUGCUGUUUAUCUCAUGUUUCAAAUUAGUCACCAAUUGUCCACUGCCCCAUACCAGUUCUUAAUUCUCAGUUAUUGCACAAUGACUGCACAGUGAAAUAUACCCAGAGAUAUACAGCUAGAUAGCCACUUGUGUUCGGUAUUUUAGCAUGCUUAGUUUUUUACAAGUCCCGUGUGCAUACCCCCCAACAUUAGGAAUUAUGAUUGGAAUAUAAAGGCGAAAAAUAAAGAGUAUGGGGCAAGACAAUGAUUCUUGAGAAGAGUACUCAACCCAACACCCAACACAAUGGUUCCCCCCAAAAAGAGUAAUUCUGGCUGUCAUGCAUCCUUGGCUGAAUAGCAAUCUUGCUGGCCAAUCCCAUUCAGAGCUGCCUUAGCAUAGUGCUACUAAAUUCCCUGAAUGUCAGUUCACACAGUGCAAGCGUUUCUAUUGAUUCUUUUAUUUCUUCUUAUUGGGGAUACCGAAGUUGGACACAAGAUAACAAACUUGGUGUAGGGGGUAAAGUCCCAAAUUUGGUGCUAUCCCACUAAACCUGUAGUUGUCAGGAGGUGUGGAUGUGCCUGGGGUUUGGCAUAGGGGAUAAGUGAUGUUUUGUAAUUAGGAAUGUUAUAUAAGAGGUAAAACCAUCAAGUUUUUAAGGCGGCUUGUAUUGAUAGUAAUAGAAAUUGCCACAAGGAAUUAUCAUUGAAAAAUUUUUUUAUUACACGAGAAAAAUAAACUGUUUCCAUUUUUCAUUAGUUCCUGGGAUCUGUACAAUAUGGUAGAACAGAAAAACAGAACUCUUUCAUUUUUAACCAUUCAUUAAAUGUAGUAAAGGCCCUGAAUUGUUACAUUUUUAUUUUGGAAAUAGUUUAGGCAUUAUUUGGGUUGAAUUCCAGAGGUUUCUGGACCAAUUUGAAUGCAUGCAUGGAGGUUCCAAUAUAAAGAUAAUUCAAGGCAGUUUGGAGAAGACCUCACUCGGUUUGUUGAAUGAUUCAUUUUUAUUAUUAUUUAGACCAUUUUCUUAGACUUUGUUAUUAAAAAUCCAGGCCUUAAAUAACCCGUAACGAGCUGUAGGAGAAAACCACCAAAUGUAGGCACAGAAAUCGGGGGGUUAUUGGUAAUGAUUGUGAAAGUGUCUGUUUUGGGUCUGCUAGAGGCAUUCUCAGGACCAGUGUCUGACUGAGCUUCUCAACAAAAGGUCUCCGGGUGCCACAGCGUCCACCCUUAUCAGCUCAUCACUUGGCUUCAAUCCCCGGAGCUUCAAACAGAAAGGUGGUGGAGGAGGCACGACAGUGAAAAUUCUGAUGAAAGAAAAGCAUAAAAAAGGUAUGCAUGCUGACCGUCUCUAUAAAAAUAUAAUAAUGACAAACUUAAAGGGUUGAUUCCCUCUAAACAGUUUUGUGGGGAAGGAUGAAAAGGGAAGGACUCCUCCCCAAGUAAUACCGGUUUAUGGUGUCUUAGAUGAAGGAGCACUCGAGUGCUAGAAAUAAAUACAUUUAUUUGCAACACUAGUGAUGUCGGUCACUAGUGAGGGUCCUUCAAACAAAUCGAAUUUUUCUCAAAGAGAAGGGCUGGACUACUAGGGUGCUUUCAUCCUGGCUCCUUGUCAGUCGUUAUUAUAAACUCUGUCCAUUGCACCUGGCAGUCGGCAUAAAGAUCGCAUACAGAGUAGAGGGAAAUGAAGCGAUGUUUAUAAUUAUUCUCUUCAUUUGCAUUGCUUGCCCUGUCUGUGCCUUGUUUGAAAUGGAUGGUGAUGUCAUUUGCUAUAUCUUUAAUAUAAAUUUUAAAAAACCGAAAGCCUCUCAAGAAAUAAAAAAUUUUAAGACACAUUAUAGGAAUGUAAUCCCUAGACAAUACGCCUCGUAACCAGGAUAAAAAAUAAAAAUAAAAAAAAAUUAAAUUUUUUAUUUUAGUUGUGCAAAAGGUUGAUAUACAGGUUGUUGUCCAACGACAACAUAUACAGGUAUUGCAAGUUAUGUAAAAUCGUGGUAAGCGAUAGGACUGCACAGUUUUUUUUGUUUUUUUUUAAUAAAACAGGUUCAUUCAGGUUAUGUCAGCUUAUGGGAGGGCAAUAAGAUUGAAUGAAUGAGACAAUUUUUGGCUGAUUUUAGAGGAGUCAAAGAUGCAAAAGUGAAACAUUAUAUACGUAGAAAGUUACAAGGUGAGGAGUGUCACUAGUGCUGCACGAUUAAAUACUAGAACAAUCACACAUUGGGUGGGUGUAUGUAAAAACCCUCUCUAUUCUUCAAGCAAGAUGUACACAUACUGUGUGGAAAGCGUCUCACUCUUGUAAUUUAAGUCACAUAAAAGAUGUACAAGUAGUAUGUUCGAUUAGCUAGUUUAAAUCCUGGUUACUAAGGGACGAGCGGUAUUGAGCGAUGGCGUGGCCUGUAAGAGCUAUGCAUUGCCACCAGUACUCAUGGCCUGUGCUCGGGUAGUCUUUAUAGUGUAGUAGGGCAUUUACGGUACGAGGUGCUUACAUACUUUACAGUUAAGUUUAGCUAGUUACGUCCUCUAACCUAGGAGGACACGGGGGUAAACAUACUAGCGCACAUGAGUGGGGUCACCAGCAGUUAUAUCAACAUGGAAAUAAAAAUUAAAUACUAAACAUGAACACAAUUAAAGGUAACAUUAAUAAGAGACGUGUUCUUGUGGUGCUACGGGUUUCAUGUCCCAUCUUUUGUGCUGUCACUGCCUCUGGGGAUGAAAGUUAUUAGCUGUUUUGGGUCCCAGGCUUGUGGGUUAAUGGAGUGGCUGGAGUUAGGGUCUGCGUUGGUAUUCCUAAUGCUUCGAAGAAGGAGGGGCACUCUGCCGGUGAGGUAAGUCUCAGCGUGGUGUUAUUCUUAAUGUAACCAGCAUUUUUAAAGGGGGACUGUUACUUAUAUAGAAAAUAACAUUAAAUAAAACAUUGAAAAUUCCCUAUAACUCGUGGUAACCUUUUUCUUCAUGUGAGCUUCAGUUUUCUGUAAAAUGCUUAAUAAAGGUUUAGCAUUCCAGUUUAGUUCAGGCACAGCCAGGGCACACAAUGCAAAUGAAGAGGAGAAAUAGAAACAUUGUUUCCUGUUUCCACUUCUCUGUGUGCUUUCUCAAUGCUGACUGCCAAGUGCAAAGCACAGGGCUCAUAACAAUGACUAACAGGGAGCUAAGAUGGAGGCACCCAGUUGCUGAAUUAAUUAGUGUGAAUUUCUAAAUUGACAAUUAUUUUUUUCAUACCUCACAAAUACAGUCAGGUCCAUAAAUAUUGGGACAUCGACACAAUUCUAAUCUUUUUGGCUCUAUACACCAACACAAUGGCUUUGAAAUGAAACACACAAGAUGUGCUUUAACUGCAGACUUUCAGCUUUAAUUUGAUGGUAUUUACAUCCAAAUCAGGUGAACGGUGUAGGAAUUAUAACAGUUUGUAUAUGUGCCUCCCACUUUUUAAGGGACCAAAAGUAAUGGGACAAUUGGCUGCUCAGCUGUUCCAUGGCCAGGAGUGUGUUAUUCCCUCAUUAUCCCAUGUACAAGGAGCAGAUAAAGGGUCCAGAGUUCAUUUCAAGUGUGCUAUUUGCAUUUGGAAUCUGUUGCUGUCAACUCUCAAUAUGAGAUCCAAAGAGCUGUCACUAUCAGUGAAGCAAGCCAUCAUUAGGCUGAAAAAACAAAACAAACCCAUCAGAGAGAUAGCAAAAACAUUAGGUGUGGCCAAAUCAACUGUUUGGAACAUCCUUAAAAAGAAAGAACGCACCGGUGAGCUCAGCAACACCAAAAGACCCGGAAGACCACGGAAAACAACUGUGGUGGAUGACCGAAGAAUUCUUUCCCUGGUGAAGAAAACACCCUUCACAACAGUUGGCCAGAUCAAGAACACUCUCCAGUAGGUAGGUGUAUGUGUGUCAAAGUCAACAAUCAAGAGAAGACUUCACCAGAGUGAAUACAGAGGGUUCACCACAAGAUGUAAACCAUUGGUGAGCCUCAAAAACAGGAAGGCCAGAUUAGAGUUUGCCAAACAACAUCUAAAAAAGCCUUCACAGUUCUGGAACAACAUCCUAUGGACAGAUGAGACCAAGAUCAACUUGUACCAGUGUGAUGGGAAGAGAAGAGUAUGGAGAAGGAAAGGAACUGCUCAUGAUCCAAAGCAUACCACCUCAUCAGUGAAGCAUGGUGGUGGUAGUGUCAUGGCGUGGGCAUGUAUGGCUGCCAAUGGAACUGGUUCUCUUACAUUUAUUUAUGCUGUGACUGCUGACAAAAGCAGCAGGAUGAAUUCUGAAGUGUUUCGGGCAAUAUUAUCUGCUCAUAUUCAGCCAAAUGCUUCAGAACUCAUUGGACGGCGCUUCACAGUGCAGAUGGACAAUGACCCGAAGCAUACUGCAAAAGCAGUGGAAAGAAGUGGAAUGUUAUGCAAUGGCAAAGUCAAUCACCUGACCUGAAUCCGAUUGAGCAUGCAUUUCACUUGAUGAAGACAAAACUGAAGGGAAAAUGCCCCAAGAACAAGCAGGAACUGAAGACCGUUGCAGUAGAGUCCUGGCAGAUCAUCACCAGGGAUGAAACCCAGCGUCUGGUGAUGUCUAUGCGUUCCAGACUUCAGGCUGUAAUUGACUGCAAAGGAUUUGCAACCAUGUAUUAAAAAGUGAAUGUUUGAUUUAUGACUGUUAAUCUGUCCCAUUACUUUUGGUCCCUUAAAAAGUGGGAGGCACAUAUACAAACUGUUGUAAUUCCUACACCGUUCACCUGAUUUGGAUGUAAACACCCUCAAAUUAAAGCUGAAAGUCUGCAGUUAUAGUGCAUCUUUGUUUCAUUUCAAAGCCAUUGUGUUGGUGUAUAGAGCCAAAAAGAUUAGAAAUGUGUUGAUGUCCCAAUAUUUAUGGACCUGACUGUACAUGUCUUUUUAAAAAAAAUUUUUUUACAUUCUUUAUUUUUGGAGCGCCGUGUCAGAUACAAGGUUAUUUAAUGACAGUUGACAAGUGACAUAUGAUAUAACAACAACUUAUAGGUAGACUUCUUGCUUUUUUUUUUAAAGGAACAUACAGGCUUAACAUACUUGUCUAGGUAGAUAGAACCAUCAAGGAGACACAUUUAGAGAAACACUAGACUUAGGUGGAAAUAGGAAAAUACAUGCCUUGAGUAACAGGCUAGUGAAGACAUUGGUAAAUCCACUGGCACAGAAUAAAUGCUGUAUACUAUGUAGUCAAGAGAAAAAAACAACACAACACUGGUGGCUAGAAACUAAUAAUAUAAGUCAAACAUAACAAAUAAGGAUUUUACAAACAUUGCUCUUAAUAUAUAAACGUGUAAGGAGAUGUCAGUUAGGAAGCUGGAGCUAUUUAAGGUAAGUGGGCUGUUAGCCCAUAGAGGCAAGUCCAUCUUCAGCCAUUGCCCCGGCUCGGGGCCUUAGUAUUGUAACUGUAAGGCACCGCAUUAGCCAAUUCCUGGGCCUGAGAGGCUGGCUGCCAAUAUAUGAAGGUUGCUGAGGAUAAUAGUGCAAUUCGGACGAGGUAAGACGCUCUUUCAGCCCCAGACCUGUUGAAGGCUGGCAUCUUGAUACCACGGACUUUGCUGUGAGAGUUCUUCCCAUAGUGGGAGAUUCGAAAGGCCCAGUUGUUGAGCCGCCAGGUGGACAAUGCUGUGGGGACAAACCCUACACCCCGAUAUUCACACAAUGACCCUCCACACACCUACACCCCAAUAUUCAUACAAUGACCCUCCACACACCUACACCCCGAUAUUCACACACUGACCCUCCACACACCUACACUCCGAUAUUCACACAAUGACCCUCCACACACCUACACCCCAAUAUUUGCACAAUGACCCUCCACACUCCUACACACCGAUAUAUUCACACAAUGACCCUACACACCGACACCUCGAUAUUCACACAAUGACCCUCCACACAUCUACACCCCGAUAUUCGCACAAUGACCCUCCACACACCUAUACCUCAAUAUUCACAAAAUGACCCUCCACACACCUACACCACGAUAUUUACACACUGACCCUCCACACACCUACACCCCAAUAUAUUCACACACUGACCCUUCACACACCUACACCCCAAUAUUCACACAAUGACCCUCCACACACCUACACCCCGAUAUUUACACACUGACCCUCCACACACCUACACCCUGAUAUAUUCACACACUGACCCUCCAUACAGCUACACUCCGAUAUUCACACAAUGACCCACAACACACCUACACCCCGAUAUUCAUACAAUGACCCUCCACACACCUACACCCCGAUAUAUUUACACACUGACCCUACACACACCUACACCCCUAUGUAUUCACACACUGACCCUCCACACACCUAUACCCCGAUAUUCACACAAUGACCCUACACACACCUACACCCCGAUAUAUUUACACACUGACCCUACACACACCUACACCCCGAUAUAUUCACACAAUGACCAUCCACAAACCUACACCCCGAUAUUCACACACUGACCCUCCACACACCUACAUCCCGAUAUUAACACACUGACCCUCCACACAACUACACCCCGAUAUUCACACACUGACCCUACACACACCUACACCCCGAUAUUUACACAAUGACCCUCCACACACCAUGAUAUUCACACACUGACCCUCCACACACCUAUACCACGAUUUUUACACACUGACCCUCCACACACCUACACCCCGAUAUUUACACACUGACCCUCCACACACCUACACCCCGAUACUCACACAAUGACCCUCCACACACCUACACCCCGAUAUUCACACAAUGACCCUACACAGACCUACACCCAGAUAUUCACACACUGACCCUCCACACACCUACACCCUGACAUUCACACACUGACCCUACAGACACCUACACCCCGAUGUGCACACACUGAACCUCCACACACCUACACCCCAAUAUUCACACACUGAUCCUACACACACCCACACCCCGAUAUAUUCACACACUGACCCUCCACACACCUACACCCUGAUAUUCACACACUGACCCUCCAUCUACACCCCGAUAUUCACACACUGACCCUCCACACACCAACACCCCGAUAUUCACACACUGACCAAGAGAAAAAAACACAACACCUACACCCCGAUAUUCACACAUUGACCCUCCACACACCUACACCCCAAUAUUCUCACAAUGACCCUCCACACACCAUGAUAUUCACACACUGACCCUCCACACACCUAUACCACGAUUUUUACACACUGACCCUCCACACACCUACACCCCGAUAUUUACACACUGACCCUCAACACACCUACACCCCGAUACUCACACACUGACCCUCCACACACCUACGCCCGAUGUGCACACAAUGACCUCCACACACCUACACCCCGAUAUUCACACACUGACCCUACACACACCUACACCCCGAUAUAUUCACACACUGACCCUCCACACACCUACACCCUGAUAUUCACACACUGAAUCUCCAUCUAUACCACGAUUUUUACACACUGACCCUCCACACACCUACACCCCGAUAUUUACACACUGACCCUCAACACACCUACACCCCGAUACUCACACACUGACCCUCCACACACCUACGCCCGAUGUGCACACACUGAACCUCCACACACCUACACCCCGAUAUUCACACAAUAACCCUACACACACCCCUACACCCCCAUAUUCACACACUGACCCUACACACACCUACACCCCUAUAUAUUCACACACUGACCCUCCACACACCUACACCCUGAUAUUCACACACUGAAUCUCCAUCUACACCCCGAUAUUCACACACUGACCCUCCACACACCUACACCCUGAUAUUCACACACUGAAUCUCCAUCUACACCCCGAUAUUCACACACUGACCCUCCACACACCUACACCCCGAUAUUCACACAUUUACCCUCCACACACCUACACCCCAAUAUUCGCACAAUGACCCACCACACACCUAUACCACGAUUUUUACACACUGACCCUCCACACACCUACACUCCAAUAUUCACACACUGACCCUCCACACACCUACACCCCGAUAUUCACACACUGACCCUCCACACACCUACACCCCGAUAUUCACACACUGACCCUCCACACACCUACACCCCGAUAUUCACACACUGACCCUCCACACACCAGCACACCGAUAUUCACACACUGACCAUCCACAAAUCUACACCCCAAUAUUAACACACUGACCCUCCACACACCUACACCCCAAUAUUAACACACUGACCCUCCACACACCAACACCCCGAUAUUCACACAAUGACCCUCCACACACCUACACCCCGAUAUUUACACACUGACCCUCCACACACCUACACCCUGAUAGUCACACAAUGACCAUCCACAAACCUACACCCAAAUAUUCACACACUGACAACCUGAUAUUCACACACUGACACCCCGAUAGUCACACACUGACCCUUUUUAAAAUGAAUCAUUAUUACUAAUUACAAGAAUCUUAGAAUUCCCUCUGUUAAUAACACAUUUUGGGAUGAAAAUUAAAAGACUUCCUUUUAUAUACCCAAAGAACUGCAUAAAAGAAUAACACAGAUAAAAAAACAACAUAAAAUAAACACAAUAUCUUCAAAGCACUGAGAAUUUAUUGUACACAGUGUAUCACAACUGGCUGCCCAACCCAAAUACAGCAUCAGCCUUCAAGUGCAUCAUGUACCGAAUAGAGUCAGCCUUUGGUACAAGAUUCAUGGAGAGUGACUGCAUCAUUCAUAGAUUGAAUUGGUAUUGGUAAUAGUGAUUUAAAUGUCCAGUUUAAACUAAUUUCUACUCUACAAAAUGACUUGACAGAAACUUGCAUUGUACACCAAAAUUAGUAUUAGAUCGUGAACAAAGUUUCAGAAUUUUCUUAUGAUUGUUUAAAGGGACCUCAUUGUGCCUUUUGGGUCUUUCAUAGCCCAACAGACACUUCAGUUUUUACACUCUAAGCUUGCCUGUCCUGGCACAGCCAAAGCAUACUAUGCAAAUUAAUUUAACCUCACAGCCAUGCAUGCAUACAGGUAUAAUAUUAAUAUAUAUCCGGGCACACAUUGGCUCAUUCAGCAUUUCAUAUUUAUUUUGCAUCAUGGGUCAAUGGCAUGCCUGCUCUAAAGAUGCUCCAGAGGUAAGUGUGUGUGUUUACUUACCUCAACUGCCCUACUUCACUUCAGUGAGUGUUUGUUUUCACUGGGAUGAUAGAGCAACAGUUCCACUUACCAGUGGCGUACACAAGAUCCAUGGGGCCCCGGUGCGAAAAUUGAUCCGUGGGCCCCCCCUGCGCGCUUACUCUGUGCGGGCCGAGGCCACUAGACAUGGCGGCGGGCACCUGGUUCAUGCAGAUACACUUAAAGGACCACUGUAGGCACUCAGAUCACUUCAGCUCAAUGACUGGGUCUAGGUGCCAGGUCCCUCUAGUUUUAACCCUGCAGCUGAAAACAUAGCAGUUUCAGAGAAACUGCUGCAAUGUUUACACUGAGGGUUAAGCCAGCCUCUAGUAGCUGUCUAACUGACAGCCGCUAGAGGCGCUUCCGCGAUUCUGCUGGACGUCCAUAGGAAAGCAUUGAGUAACGGUUUCCUAUGGGCGGUUUGAAUGCGCAUUCGGAGCUGAGAGGCGGAUCGGGGCAGAGAGAUCCCCAGCGCCAAGGGAGCCUGGCGCUGGAAAAAGGUAAGUGCUGAAUGGGUUUUAACUACACACACACUCUCACGAACAGAUGCAUACACACUAGCUAACAGACACAGACAUUUACUGACAGACACACACUCAGUGACAGACACACAUACACACUCACUUACAAAACAUACACUCUCACUGACAAACACACACUCACUAACAGACACACACAAACUAACACACACAGUAACACACACACACACACUGACACUCACUAGCAGACACACACUUAAUAACAGACACACAAACACACUCAGUGACACACUUACUGACACUAGCAGACACAAACACACACAGUAACACACUCACUGACACACACAAACUAACACACUCAUUAACAGACACACGCACUGACACACACACACUAACACACAUACACACACAUAUUUUUUAUUUUUUUAUUUAAUCCUCCAGCCUCCCUACCUUUGGGAGUGCUGUGGGGAUUCCUGCUGUCCCUGGGGUCCAGUGGGGCUGCUGGGCUGCUGGGCGGCCGGACGCGUGCGAAGGAGCACUCUCCCCUGAGUGCUCUCUGCCCAGCUCCCUCGCGCGCCGCUUACUGAUGCCGAAGCCGGAAUAUGAUGUCAUAUUCCGGCUUCGGCAUCAGUGCAGUGUGCGCGUGGGAGCUGGGCAAAGAGCACUCAGGGGAGAGUGCUCCCUCGCGCGCCUGCCCGGCCGCCGGCAAACUGAAACCAUUGCCAGCCCGCGACCCCUGCUGCCCCGGUAUGUACGCCACUGGGUGAUAUCUGUUGUAAAUUCCAGAUUAAGGAAGACAUGUGAUUAAUCCAGUCAUUGUACAGCGCUGCGGAAUUUGUUGGCGCUUUAUAAAUAUUAUUAUUAAUAGUAAUAAUAAUUUAAAGGAAGAUACAUGUGGCUUGAUUUAAGGUAAUGAGGUUGUCAUUGUGUCUCUCUGCAGCCUGUGUUUACAAUGGGAAAACCUAUUCACACGGGGAGGUCUGGCACCCAGUUUUUCGCACCUUUGGUGCCAUCCCAUGCAUUAUAUGCACCUGUAAAGAUGGGACGCAGGACUGCCAGCGAAUCACCUGUCCGGAUGAAUACCCAUGUGAAUUUCCAGAGAAGCAGGAAGGGAAAUGCUGUAAAGUUUGCCAAGGUCAGUACAGGUCAAAGUGUGUAUUAUGUGCCCAAAACCUGCUUUAAAGGGACAGUUCAAACACCAUAACCACAUGUGUUUCUUGUAUAUAUUAUGGUGGAAAGAACGUCCGCUCUCUUUUCAUCUAUGCUUCUACCAGGGUUAUUUACUACGAUGAGAAUUUAAAUCCAAAGUAAUAAUAUCCAAUGUAAUCAAUUAUCCACAAACGCAGGAGUAAUAUAUGCACACAGAGCUUAAAUCCACAGGCAGCUCACACCUGAUUAUCUACAGUGAACCCAAUCCUUUGCUGUAUGGAAUGCGUUGGUUCAACCACACAAAGGAAUGCACAAAAUAGACGGAUAACAGCAACCGGAUUUCAAAGUAAAAAGUUAAUCUUUAUUCUCCUAUGUAUGGGUAUUGGCAUUCAUUCAGCAACAUGCGGCAUGCAACGUGACAAAGUGGAGUUUGGUUAAAGUACAAGAGUUCCGCUGUUAUCUGUCACUUUGUCACGUUCCAUGCUGCAUGUGGCUGAAUUCAUUUUAAUACCCUCAUAUAGGAGAAUAAAGAAGAUUAACUUUUUACUUUGAAAUCUGGUUGUUGUUAUCUGUCUGUUUAUAAAACUGAAGUAGUCAAAUUGUAAACAUAGCUGACUUUGAGAACUUUUCCAGUUCAACUAGUUUGGACUUAAAUUUGAAAUUCAAUUUGAAUUCCUGACCAUUCUUAUUUUACAGAAUAACCCUGUAUAUUAUUAUUAUUAUUAUCAUCAUUUAUAUAGCGCCAACAGAUUCCGUAGCGCUUUACAAUAUUAGUAUAUAUGAACCUCUACUCUACACAUAAGUUCUAUGUGUGUGGAUGCAUGGCAUGCACCCUUUGUAAACAAUUAAGUGACUUACAUGCAUGUUUUCACAUCUUUCUAUCUGUAUAGAACAAACCAAUAAAGUUAUGGUGAGGAAAAAAAUGAUUGAAACCCCUUCCACCUGAAGUCAGUGGAUAGUAAAUACAUUGUUAAAGACAGAUCUGCAUAUAUCAAACAAGCCUUAAAACUUGCUUUUCCCACAAAAAUCUCACAUUUGCAGUGCUGUUACCACUACAAGGGAUUCUGGGUGGGCAUAUGCAAAUGAGUUCAACAAAGAACCACAUUUUUGCCUCAUUUAGUCAACUUUAUACAUGGAUUCCUUGGAGUUUGUUUGUUGUAUACAACAACUUUGAAACAGAACUCAGGAAGAGAUACAGUGAACCAUUCAUGUACAGCUGUUUCAUUGUUAAUCAGCAUGAGGUUGGUUACUGGCUUGCUACUACGGCUUGGUGUUACUUGUUAUGAGAGUUAUGUUGGGGAAACCAUGUUGGAACUUGUCUGUACUGCUGUUAUACAAAUGCACAAAAACAUGAUUCAAUAUGUUUGUUAAAUUUAAAGGAAUCAAUGGAUGCAUGCUAUUAACUAGUAAUUUUUUUCAUGAAUGAACGGCUGAAGGAAGAAUGUGGCUUGUUUUAUGUUAAUAAAGUUGUCAUUGAAUCGCUGUAGCUUGUGUUUAUUGCUGGGAAAAUUAAAGAGACACUAUAGUCACCAAAACAACUUUAGCUUAAUGAUAUAAAGAUUAUGACCCUGCAGUCUCACUGCUCAAUUCUCUGCCAUUCAUGCAUUAAACCACUUUGUUUAUGCACCCUAGUUACACCUCCCUGCAUGUGACUUGCACAGCCUUCCUAAACAGUUCCUGUAAAGAGUGAUCUAAUGUUUAUACUACUUCCUUUAUUGCAAAUUCUGUUUAAUUUUAAAAAGUCUUAUCUCCUGCAUGGUUAAUAGCUGGCUAUAUCCUGCAGGAGCCUCCUGUAUGCAAUUAAAGUGCAAUUUAAAGAGCAGGAGAUACAAACUUUUAAAGUAAGUUACAUAUGAUUAAAAUUGAAACCAAUUUUAUUCAUGCAGGCUGUGUAAGUCGCAGCCAGGGGAGGUGUGUCUAGUGUUGCAUGGAUGCAAACAAAUGUGAUUUGACUUCUAAAUGGCAGAAAAUUGGGCAGUGAAACAUCAGAGGCAUUAUCUAUACACUAAAACUGCUUCAUUAAGCCAAAGUUGUUUUGGUGACUAUAGUGUCCCUUAAACUUCUUCCAUAUAAACUGAUGCUAUUUUUUUCUUUUUUGCCGUUUUUGUUUCAGUCUGUUUCCUUUAAAAAUACAGUAUAUAUUAUUCCCAGAUAGAUUAAAAUUGGCACACAAAAAAAACGCACAUUACAAUUUGUGAGGGCUAUGACAAUGGUUCUGUAUUACAGUUUAUUAUUAUUAUUUUUUUCCUGAAAAUUGCCUUCUCUGCCUAGAUGAUAAGAUGAAUCCCACAGAUGAAACCCCAACCACCAGGUGUGUUAAAAGCCCGAACAAGAUCUUAGUUUAUAUGUACAUGUCACCCACCACUGGAGGACAGAAAGAAAUUCUACGGAAAAUCGCCAUUGAGAAGGAGGCAUCAGAGGAUGUCGAAAUAUACGUUUGGAAAAUGGUUAAAGGUAAAAAAAAAAAAAAAAAUGCUCUGUGAAAACAAUUAAAAAAACCCCAUUAAACUAAAAUCUCAUUUAUAGAUAUUUAAAUACAUAAACAUUCUCAUUUGUCAACAGAAGUUUAAAAAUUUAGUGUGGAGUUUUUCAGCAUCCGGGGGAGGCAACUAACCCCUGUCUUAUAAUUUUUUCUGUGUGAUGAGGAUAGUGUCAGGCAAAUGUACCUGUUUCUGUAAAUAGUGAAAGUGGAAUUGCAACUUCGGAUAUUGAACAGAAACUAAACUUGGAUAUUCGUUUUGGUCUGAACUUCAAUUUGUCUGAAUUUGGACCAAUCAGAUGAUCAGUCUAAUUCCUGAACUCUGAGCCGAAAAGUACCCUUAUCACGAAUCAAGUGGAACGUGCAAUGUCCGAGUGUGUCUUUUUCGGUUUAUGAUUCUGAAUUCUGCCCUGAUACUGAAAAAGAUUGAUAACUAGAGGACAGUUACUUAAUAUUCAUUGUAUUCACAGAUCAAGUUAGAAUUGAGCCACAGGAAAAACAGAGGAAUAUUAAAAAAGCUAUAUUUAUACAUUAUAGAUUUCCAAAAAAUGACAUCAUAUAUAAAUCAUUUUUACCGCUAUUCUUUCCUCUGUUAGUUACUUUUUCUCAUUUGAUCUGUGAACCAACAUGCUGCUAUCAGUAUACUGGUAUAAAAUAUAUACAUAAUACUAUAUUCAUAUAUAGAUAAUAAUAGUAUGCAUAUAUUUUGCAGUACAGUGGCCCAUAUUUUAGCGCCCUUAUGGUUCGUUUGAUUUGGUUCUUGAACUAGGUCUCUGUUACCAAAAUUCUGCCGAAUUGGCAUUUGGUCAAAAUUCCAGUGUCCCAAAAAUUCGGGCAAGCAGAAUUUUAUUGCCAUGCACAAGUUAAACAGAAAUGCUUAUCCACCUUAGAAGAACUGUGAUCCCUUAAAGAUAAUGUUUGGGGAUACUGAAAAGCGGAAUUUAUUGCAAUUUGGCAAAAUUAAUUUAGGCUUAGACUGAAAAUUAUGGGAAAUAUAGUUUGCAAACAUAUGGGGUUCCAAGGAUCGUCAUUAUUGACCUUGACACCAACCAGGAGAAGGAUAUCAUAUAUAAAACUGGGACGAGGUACAGAGAACUAAAAUCAGUACUGUCCAGCCCAGACUUGGGACAGUUGGGAGAUGAUUGACACAUAGCAUCAUAUUUUCUACUUUAUUGUUUGUUUUGUGAUUCUGCAUUUGUUCUAAUGUAAUAUUUUUCCAUUUCUCUACAGGGAUAUUCCAUUUGAUCCAAAUUAAAAAAGUGGCAAAACAGGACUUCAAGCAAGAGGCAGAAAAUUUCAGACUUGUAACCAGAACAAGUGAAGGUACAUUAGUUCUAACAUAGACUUCACUUUGCCAAUUUCAGUUGUUUUUUUAUCACUUAUUCCUGCCAAGGGGAACUACUAAAAAAUGUUACAGUUGACACACUUUAUGCUUGCUGAGCCCAUAAAGCAUUGCCCUCGUGUAAAAGUGAGCAGGACUGGUCAAAUUAUGUCCUGAUUUGGUGACAGCUUGUUGCAUAGACUUUGGUGGGCCAUCAAAUGUGUGUUUGUUUUUUUAUUUUUGGAAAAUGUUGAAUUAUACAUGUAUCCAAUGUUUUGAGAUAAAAUGGGCCAUCUUGAACCUUGAGAAAACUCCCUACUGUGGUUCAGACAGGGGUUUACAUGCGUUUCUAGGUAUUUAUGGGAAGACAUUUCCCUGUCCCGCUUUUAUAAUGCUGUAGUAUAAUAAGGAAUGUUUAUUACUCUGUGGUGGGACAAGACCUCCCAAGUUUAGAGAUUCCAUGGUUGGGCGGAUUUUCCUAAAAUAUUUAUGGAGUUCUUCUUUUCCAUUAUGUGUGUUUCAGUCUCCUGGGCUCUUACAAAUAUACAUAUUGUACAUGAUACUAUUUGUCUUUAGGUUUUUCAUCGUAGAAUAAACUAUGCAAAGCUUCGACCGGCAUUUAAAUUCUGAAGUUUAACAACAAACAAACCAAAAACACAACCAUUUUUAAUAUGGAAUUGCUUGUAUUUGACAUUCAAAUGUAUCUAGUCCUGAGUUUCUCACUGUCUGUAUUAGUGCAGGCAUGCUUGCGUAAAGAUCGUCUAAAGAGCAAAGUGAACAUGGGUAUUCUCUGCAGGCAUAUCUGUUUAUAACAGGAGACAUAGAAAAUGUAAUACUUAUAUUUCAAGCAAACCAAGCUGUGAAAAAAAACAAACCAAUAGUUUGUUUAGGAAAAUAUAAGGGAGGAGAAUAUGUAUCGUGACUGUAAGACUUCUGAUCUUUUAUAGAUCCAAGAAAUAAGGGACCAAGGCUUCCCUUUCCAAGCUUGCUGCCUGCAUAGAGAGAAGCUGAUGUUUGUGCCAGCAUGGGUUCAUGUGUGCCAGGGUGGACGUAGUCUGUGGCACAAAAUUGCAAAUAUCGCUCAAUGUGCAGAGUUUCAAGCAGAAACACUUCAUAUAUUCAUAUAAUGAAUCCUACCACCAUGGGCAUCCCCCCCAAAUUUUUUGUUGUUGGUGGAUGGGGGGUGGAGUGGAGGGUGGCAUAAUUGUAAUGACACUAAAAACAGAAUAAACAGGAUGCCCCACAAAAUAUAAUAUACCAAAACAGUAAUACACCCUAGAAUAAGCACAAUAAAAACACAAAAACUAAAAACAUUUUUAAAAAUAUACUAACAUUCCAAAUUCUUUUUAUAAGAAUAAAAAAAUAAUAAAUACCACUAAAAAUAGGGCACAACGGAGGUGUCCAGAUGAACAGUCUUAUCUUGUAAAGAGAAAUACAGUAGAGAUUCAGUCAUUGACGGAAUCCGUGUGAUUAUGUAUUUAAGAAAGCACAACAAAGAAUCCAAUAGUGCAUUAUGUCAGUACAGACAGGAACAAAUAAUGAUGGGUUACUCACAUUUGCUAGAGCUAUGACCAGCUCUAGACCAAAAAGGUACAUGACAAUUGUUUAUUUUACAAUAGUCUUUGACUACUCAGGCAAAGAUGAGAUGCAUUUUACACUCCUGCCCCCCAAAAAAGGCAUCUUCAUCUAUGUGUCUCUUAACUCCCCUUUUGAAUUUCUUGCCCCCUUUUACUUCUUAUCUAAUCGGGUAAAUGUUAUACCAUCUUUAGUGUAUCUUAUACCUAAUUUUUCCCCUUUGUGUCUUACACCCCCAUUGUGUGUUUCUUAAUUGUCCCCUUUGUGUGUCUUACUUUCCCCCAGUCUCUUAUGUCUUUUACUUCCUCCUAGCCCCUUUGUAUGUCUAUUCUUCCCCCCAGCCCUUUCGUGUGUCAAUGUCCAUUUACCCAGCUCCUCUAUGUGUCAUUGUCCCCUUCCCCAGCCCCUCUCUGUGUCACUGUCCCUUUCCCCAGCACCUCUGUGUGUCACGAUCUCAGCUCCUCAGUUUUAUGAUUGUCCCUGUCUUAGUUUCUCUGGGUCAUUAUCCCCUUCCCCAGCCCUACUUUGUGUCUCUGCCACUCCAGCCCCUCUGUGUGUCUCUGCCACCCCAGCCCCUAUGUGUGUAUCUUUUUCUCACUCCCCAGCCACUCUGCGUGUCUCUUAUUCCUCCCCAGCCCUUCCUUGUGACUCAUUCUCCCCCUCAUCCCCUCCAUGUGUCUAAUUUUCUGCCUCAGCCCCUCCACGUGUCUCAUCCCCCCACAGCCCCUUCAUGUGUCUCAUGCCCCUACAGCUUUUCCAUAUGUUUCAUUCCCACCCCAGCCCCUCCAUGUUUCUCAUUCCCCCUCCCCCAGCCCACCCAUGUGUCUCAAUAUGGAAUUGCUUGUAUUUGACAUUCAGAUGUCCCCCAGUUCCAUGUAGCUCACCCCCCCCCAGCCUGUCCAUGCAUCUCAUGCCACACCAGGCCCUCCAUGUGUCUCAUACCCCAACAGCCCCUCCAUGUGUCUCAUCCCCCAACGCCUCCUCCAUGUGUCUCACCCCCAGACCCUCAAUGCAUUAUUCUGCCCCAUCUGUCUUAUUCUUCCCCUCAGCCUCCCAUGUGUCUUACUCUGCCCCUCAGCCCCUACAUGUGUUUUAUCCCCCUACCCUUCUGUGCCUGCUGACUUCCCUGCCAGUGCACAAGGCCUGAAGUUGUGCCACCCGGCUGGUCCCUGUGCCCAAAUGCUCAUUCUGCCCUUUUUAUAUGGCAAGUACAACAUUUCGGGGAGGGGGGAGAGGGGGCAAGCUGAUAAUUACUUCUAAAAGCACAAGUGGUCAUGGUCAUUGGAGUAAUCCUUUAAAAUAAGUAGCCAAACAGGAAAUUAUAAGGUGGCCAGAUAACAUAUUACACAUGCAGAUGUGGUCUGUAUGUUUUAGUUGUUUUAACCAAAUAUUACAGUUGGAGGGCUAAACUGUUGAUGUUUGAUGAACUGUUGAUAAAAAUUAAAACACAGAGUUAAAGGAAACACUCAAACAAACAAAAAAGUUAACUGCUUAGUAGAUUGGUAAAAUACCCGGAACGGAACUAGUUGUCUGCUAACUGGUUAGCCCAUUACUGGGGAACCAGACAAGGGUAUUUCAAACAUCAUAAUCACUACAGCGGCCUUUAGUGAUUAUAGUAAUUAGAGUAACCAUUUAACUUAUCAGAGGACUGUCUGUUAUAAAUAAUAAGCGAUAAUUUGAAGGAAUAGAAAAAUGUUUCAGUCAACGAGAGCUUAAACCUAUUUGGCACAAACCAGGGGUUAAUACACAGAGUUGUAAACUUUGAAUUAUUCUCAAAGUGUCGGGAUAAACUGAGUGAAUCCGAAUCUUAUUAAAUAAAAGAGAUCAUAGGACAGAGCAGGAAGACUAACAAAGAAAUGAUAUGACAUAUUUGUCUUGUAUUAGAGAUCUUUGACCACAUUUUUUAUUCCUUUGACUGAAGUUUGACUAGGUUUAUCCAAGCGUUAGAAAUGUAUUUGAGGUUAUAUUUAACAUCUGUGAAUUGCUGGGAAUACAGGCAUAAAAUAAUACUGUGGCGAAAGUAACCUCGCCACGGUCUCCCGGAGGAGUCUGCUUGCCAGCCUCUUGCCCCAGGACUAUUGGCCCUGUAAAAGCCAUGUGAAAAGACCUGGUUUGUGGGAUUUUCCAUUUGGUUAGGGAACCGAACCAACUCCCGAACGAAGGACCACCCGGGAGCUUGUUAACCCCUAUUAGCACCUUACAACGAUUCUGCGCACAGUGUUCUAAGUAUUCGUCUGUGAACGCAGGGAGCGGUGUUUGGUCGUCGAGUGCAUGGAACUGAAAUUUGGACACUCGAACUCCCGAACACCGCUGAACUUCCAUCAUCACCUGUGUUCGGUACAUCGGGGAAGGGCACUGUUCGGUGGAAUCGUCGUCUGGAUGAGGGGAACAAGCUCCAUGGUAAGACUAUUGACUACGUUCGGUAAUUUGUUCGUUUUUAAAUUACCGAACUUGACCGACCACUACCACUUUUCCCCUGGAACUAUUUUGGGUAGAAGCCUCGUGUGCGGUCGGUCAAAUUAUCACCUCCAUUGAAAACCUGAACCCUCUGAACCGAUCUGGUGGAUUUUUGGAUAUGUUGGUCACCCAGAUCAGGGCUAUCACGGGAUGUGACUUUUGUGUUGUUUUCACGUGUUUUGGGGGUACUUUUGGGGUGUCUGUAAAAUGUGGGGUUUUUUUGUGCCUGGAGAUAAUUGAGUUUGUACAGUUCCUGACUCAAUUAUCUCUCAGAUACAGGGGAGGGAUUACACUGUUGUUUUGUGUAGGAAAUCCCUUGCAUUUGUCAUAAAAGUCCGUGUGUGGCCCUGCAUUAAACAGAUUACUUCCCAGCAUUAAGCCUCGGCUCAUGUGUGGGGGGAUUGCUAUACUGCUCUUUAGACUACUAUAGCUGCUAUACUCCCUUGGAGGAGAGGUCUUCCCACUGGGAGCUGGAUCCAGGUGUUGGUCCAGGGUGGGAGGGGGCGGCUAAGGGGACUACGGUGCUUAUUGUACUCAGUGAUACUAGAAAGCGUGAUUGGCGGAGGUACCCAGUCAGGGUACCAGACAGUCCGCCACAGAUACCUUAUAAAUAUUUUUUUUAUACCUCAGGCUUUCCUGUCUCUUUAAAGUUGAGUUUCACAAAAUGUUUAUGUCCUGACAGAUUCUUGAUGGUUUAUUCAAUCCAAGCACUCAUGUAGCAGUCUUGCUGUAAGAUACAAAUCCCUGCCUCACAUUUUCUGGUGGGAGUUAAGUUUAGGUGUGUGUAUAGAUCAUAUGUGGAGAUUUAAAAUGGCACCUCCUACCUCCCGGUAUUCAUGAAGUGUAAGCUCUGGGGUCUUUGCUGCUGCUGUUGACAUUUGUGAGUCCAUACAAACACUAUUGCUCAUUUGUGGAAUUUUCUGAAAUGCCAUUACAUUUGUACACGACAUUACAAUGACAUUAUAGGCUGAAAAGAGACAUCAAGUUCAGCCUUUCAAACAUCUGAAGGCAAAAAGAAAGCAAAAUUCCUAGUCUGAAGCACUUCCAAAAUUGCAAUAAACUAGGAAAAAAAUCCUUCUUGACCCUAGAAUGGCAGUCAGAUAUCUCAAUGGAUCAAUAAGCUAUUAGCUCACUAAUUAAAAUGUAUAUCCCUGUAUAUUAUGUUUUUGCAAGUAUGUAUCUAGUUUCUUUUGAAAUAUCUGUUCAGACUCUGAUAAAACCACUUCUUUAGGCAGAGAAUUCCACAUCCUUAUUGUUCUUACGGUAAAUAAAUCUGUCCUUUGCCCUAGACUAAAUCUCCCUUCUUCCAGUCUAAAUGCAUGACCUCAUGUUCAAUGUAUAGUCCUGUUUGUAAAAAGAUUAACACUUAACCUGGAAUUUUGGAGAUACAGGCCUCCAUCAGGACAUUUCCAAAAGAUCUGCCCUUUAUUAUAAAUUAAUAUUAAAAACAAAAGAUAAUGUACACAGUGCUAGAUACAGUAAUAGGCAGCAAAAAGCUAAUAAUUUAGCUCUAGUAGUGAUUACAUUUGCGGUCUAUACCCAACUAGGAAACACUGGGUACAAUGUAGGUUAUGGUCGUGGGUAUGAAAUGAGAAGAAAAUCUCAAAUAAUGAAAUACCGUCAGUACACCUUUAAUCAAGCAAAGGUAAGUAUACUUACAAAAGAAGACCCUUAUACUCUGCUCAGAGUGUGGAUUGCUUGAGGUGAUUUAACUCCUCACUCAAUGGAGCUUUUAAACCCUAUAUACAGCAGAAGAAUCGUUAUAAAAAUGAUGUUCUAUCGGCAGGUACAUAAAGUGUGAAUUUUAUUGGGAUUAAAUGUUUUGUACAAGGUAAGUAUACAAAGUAAGUGUACGUGAAAUAACAAUCUCUAUAGAGAGCAGCAUAUAAAAAGAAAAGUGCUGUAGCGGUCCAGAAUGUCCCUUUUAAGUGAAUCUGUCACUUUUGGAGGUCAUUGCAUAUUUUGACCCCCCAAGUUGGCAUGUCCACUUAGGGUGCAGUGGCUGCUGAGUGCAGAGUGAGUGGAAGGUAGUUGUAUUUACUUGAAGCUUUCUGUCUCCACCAUCACCAUCUUCUUACUGAGGACUUUUUCAGCGCCUAUUGUUUCAUCUACCAGAACCUAGAUCACCCAAAUUACAACAGUUACUGAAAAAACUGUAACUAUAUAUAAUAACUAUAUAUAUAUAUCGAUAGCGAGAGAGAGAGAGAGAGAGAGAGAGAGGGAGUUAGCUAGCUAAAGUCCCAUUUCAUUGAGUGGUCACUUUAUUUUUUUGUAAAUGUAUGACCUAUAAAGAGAAUAAGAAAACAAAAACAAAUGGACGCAUUUAAAAUCAAAGCUGUAGUUAUAUCAAAAUAUUAAAUGUUUCAACUUUUCCAACUGCAAUCUAUAAUAUAUAAUCUAUUGAAAUGGAAACCUUACUACUUCUUUAAAAUGGUAGAAAGACGUUGUUACUUUGUGGAUAAAACCAAAGAAAAAACAUUAUUUACGCACAAUCCCAAAUCCAUAUGCACAUUGAAAUAACUGGAGGUUUUUUAGUAUCAUUCCAAUGGCCAUUUAAGUGUAAGCUCACCUGCCACGUCAAGGGAAUACCUUUUAGGUUAGUCCUACACUAACAAUACACCUUGCUGCUUUCAGCUACAAGGUAAAAUCUCUAACGAGACAGAGAGGGGUAUUUUUUUAGAACCCCCAACACACGCUUAUUUAACCCUAAAUGCUAUAGAUAGAUUGAAUGGAUAUUUAGAAUCAGCCUUUCUUCUUUGUAAUGAAGCCUAGUUUGUCUGCCUGGCUUCACUUUGCCACCACACCCACCGUUUGCCUUUAGCAUUAAAUUAUUUAAUGCCUUGUUUGCAGUUCUGGCACUCAAUGGGUUACAAUGUUUGUGCCCCUCAUUUUGGGACGUUGUGUUCUUUCAAGACAUAAACAACGAGAAAGGAAAUCGAGUUUAAAUGAACAUUACCGUACUGGCCUACUGUAAUGCUAAGUGGUAUAAUGAAAUGAAAAUAUUCUUAAGCCAUGGAAAAAAUAUGGGACAAAAUGUCUGUACCAUACGUAGUCUAACAAAAAUAGCUCCAAACUUAAUAAAUGUAACUAAAGAGGAAAAUGCUUUUGGUAAAUUGAAGGCUGUGUCUACCCUGACACAAACAGACUAUGUUGUAGAUUAUUGAGAUCCAAAGUCUAAAUCUUUUUCUAAUACCUGACCGGUAUUUUUAAAAGUUUAAAUGUUGGAUUUCCUAAAGUCCCCACAAAGAUUUGUGUUGACAAGGUUAAAACCUUCACCAUUUAAUAAUCAUAUCUCACUCUGGUGGUAGAACCUCAUUCAUCUAUUCAAUUUCUCUAAUCUGGUUUCAUUGCUGUACCCUCCAAAAUCUCAUCCCUUUUUCGUAGAUAUAUAACAUUUGGAAACCAGCCUCAAUCCACUCCUUACCAUCAAGCUGACAGCGAUGUUUGUGAUUUUAAAAUUACAUCAUUUACACUGCAAAUCUCUAAUUUAUGAUGGGCAACCACAAUCCUCUUGGCUGAGUUUUAUGAGUCCCUUACGCAGCGUAAGGAAGUCUGGACUAAGUGUGGAGCAGUCUCUGCUGGCUCUCAUAAAUCAGUCUCUGUUUUUUACUGAAGCCCUUGCUGUACAGAGUGAGAAUUUCAUGACAUGACUUGUAAAAAGCUCGGCAGCCAAAAAAAAAAGAGAGAGAGACAGGCGUAAGCAUCAGCGCCAGCACUUGGGCUGGCAUACCAGAAUCUGCCAAACCAGAUAGUAAAUUGAAUUAGUAAAAUAAAGACUUAGUCAAUGUAGCAUACAUUAAUAUUUGCUAUAAAUAUAGCCAAGGCUUAAUGAGCACAACCUCUCACAGUCUUACACGGCUACACAGGAACUAUGGUGGGAUCAGUCUGCUUUGAGUGCUCAACCUGCUUCACUUUGAGACAUAAACCAGUUAUGGUACAAAGAUUUGCAACUAAUAUAUGAGACUUUUUAGAAGCAAGUUAACUGCCCAAAAAUGUCUUUUUUUAUUUCGAUUUAUUUUUUUCCAAAAAUGUGUCUCAGUCUGUGUCUUUGUUGUACUAGACUACUAAAAUCUGGGUCUUUGAAUUACAAUACCGGGAGGUGUUUGAUGUGUAAAUGAACCCUAAAUCCCAAUAUUUAUGUGACGAAAAUAACGGAAAAUAAUGCCAGUACAUGCAAACUGUGAUUAGUGGCCAGGCACAGAGAUGCCUCACAUUCCAAAAUUUCAGGCAUUGGUUCUAGACUUUAGAAUUGUUUUUUAGACUUUUUUUUAGCUCCCUGGUGUUUUUUGAUCAUGUUUUCAUUUUGGAAUCAAUGUACGACUUGAUUAUAUUUUACAUAAACCAACGUCAGAGCUUCAGAAGACUUUUAUUGGAAUAUAUAUCGUUUUGUUUUCAUUUAUAUUUCUUUAAUCUGUCAUUGUGGAAUGUCAGAUGCAUUGUCUAGUUGUUUUAAACCCAAUUUACCUAUCUUAUUUUAUCAUAACAGGUCAGUGGAACAUUUUCAGGCCCCAACCUCCUGACCUAAAUAUGACGGAAAGUCCGGAAAAGGAAGCAGAGAACUUAUAAAUACUAAUACAAACUCAGAAUUAAAGUUGAGCAAGCAGCACAGAUCUGAAAAGACCACAAAUGUAAAAAAUAAAUAAAAAAUUAUAUAAAAUAUACAAAAGUGUGAGAUGGUUGGAACCCAGAAGAGGACUCUUGCAUUGAAGACUCUCACAGAAAAAGGCUACUGGUCUAUAAACAGUUUACCUGCUCAGAGUAUAAUGAAGACUGUCGCAUGUGCACAACUUCUCUGGGGAGAUAAAAUUGAUAAUGACCAGCCAAAAACUAUAAUCUUUACUGCGAUUGUCCCACGUUUUUUACCUUCCCCAAGGGAAGGCUGAACAUUUUUUAUCCAGCAAGCCCCAUUCAUGUGGAAUAGGUUGGAAUUCCGUAAUUUCAAUUCUACAUAUUUAUGAUUGUCUUUAUAUGUUUACCAAUGUUUGAAUGUCCGUACCAUAUUUUCAGGAAAUAACAAUCCUCCAUUUUUUAUCGGCUGUAUUUCCUUGACUUAUCUACACAUUAUAUUUAUGUUGCAUGUAAUGUUAACUGCUUAUAGCAAUUAUCUCCAGUCCUGGAGGGUUGAAGCUUGCUGGACUUUCAAGAUAGCUGUUAGCACAUUUCUCGAAAACAAACGGGGUUAAUUGUUUAAUUAUUUAUUAGUGAUAGCCAUCCUAAAACUAUGGAAACAUUAUAUCCUUCCAGGAUGACGUUUGAUAUGUCUGGCUUCCAGCCAAGGCACUCUUCAAAACAAAAAGGCAUCUCGGAGUCGCCGCUUCACAAGUAAAAUUUUUACACACUAAUGACCACAAAAUAACCAUUCAUUCAGAAGUUAAGGUAAUUGCAGUACAUAGUAAAAAUCCUUAAAUCUGUUACACCUUUCAACCUCUCCCCCUGGGAGAAGUUUAAAUUAAUGACUGCUGACUACAGAAGCAGUUAAUGAUUGCUUGGUAUAGGAGCAGAGGCAUAAAAAUACAGCUGUAAGUGAAUAUGGUCUUAAUUUUGCUUUGCUACCGUAUUUUGUAUAAUUGAAUAACGAGUUAAGGGAAUUUAUUCUAACGGUCAUUAUAUAAAGCAAUAUAUUUUCCAUCACAGGCACAGAGAUGUUUUAUUUUCUAAACUGGGAAAUGUGGAUAAUUGACAAUGAUGUUACAUAUUUGAAGGACAAAACUAUUGUUAAUAUGACAAUUCUUUCAUUAGGUUUUGAAAGGAAAUAGAUUUUUAAAAUCUACUUCCUUUCAAAAGCCUGCAGUUAGUCACUAUGGUCUUCCCCACUUCUGUCAAUUUCCAAGCACUAUCUGACCCAAGAUGCAUGUAUAUGGCUGAAGGAUCAUCUCAUAAUAAAAGCAACAAUUUUUUUUUCUCACUUUUUUCUACAUUUUUAUAAUUCAUUAACAAAAACAACUCUCCUCUUAAAACUAUUAAAAAAUAGUUUUGAGGUGACAGUUGUCCUUUAAUGCCAUACAAGUUGGGAAAUAGUUCAACAAUUUGAAACCUACUUUUCGAUUCUCUACAUUUAUUGGUUUAGUGAGCUACUCCACUUCAGUCGUUUUACCGCAUAACUAAUAUCAACCUUCAGAGCAUAUUUAGUAUUAUUCAAUAUUAAAAAAAAAAACAAUAAUCAAAGGUUUAAACAAUUUCUAUAUGUCUUUAUACAGCACAGUUCAGAAAUGUUCAAGAUAUUUUCAAAACUUUACCCGGGUUAUCCACUAAAGUGAGAAUUCAAAUUUAAUUUUAAAAUUAAACAAAAUUAGAUAAACUGGAAAGUAGAUUCUGGUUCAGCUAUUUUGACCUACAAACUGAAAUUCUCUUUGAAUUCACUUUUAAUUGAAUUCUUUAGUGUAUGAUCUUGUAGCUUUCAUUUGAUAUUGCUUUCAGUUGGCACUAAUACUUCACGAUGCACCCAAGAACAUCGUGACUGUAGUUUUUACAGUGCAUUCUUUUUUUUUUUUUUUUACUUCUUUAUUUUAUUUAAGGCAUAUUAGAUGGGGUACAGACGAUAAACCAGGGGAAAUGUAUGCGUAGUUACAUCAUGGGGUAAAUACAUCAAUGGCAUUACUGCACAUUUCUAAGAUAGAGAUGCCUCAUUUUUUAAUUUUUGUUGUUUAACAAAGGCGAAACCACAUUAGAUAUAGAUAUAGAUUAACUAGGGUAGCAUAGCCUAGCCUCAUUUUUUAAUUUUUGUUGUUUAACAAAGGCGAAACCACAGUAGAUAUAGAUAUAGAUUAACUAGGGUAGCAUAGCCUAGUGAUUAUAUUAUUAAGUAAACUUAUAACACAUGUAUAACUGUAACGUAGAUUUGUCAACGUAUUACACCUGCUAUUCUUGUGACAGCACAGUUAAUGUAGGAGUAAUGUGCUAGGUAUUUAAGCAGGCUAGUGUGUGUGUAGACUAUAUAGUAAUGGUGUAUGGCUGAGGCAUCCAACCGGAUUAAGCUAUGCUCUUAUGUCUUAGCAGGUAGUAACGAUCAUAUAUCUGACCAUGAAUCUAUUCAAGUAAGUGGCAGUGGACUAAAGAGAUGUUAGGCAUAUAUGACUAAGGUUAAACAGACUUGGUAAACGGUGAGUCUAACAUGCGAUGGAGUACGAGUAGUGCAUUCUUAAACCCAUCGUCUGGUAAAUCUUUCUGAUAGUGCAGUUAAAUGUCAUGGUAAAACCAGAAUAUUAAUUGCCUACAAGCCAACAAAUUUAUAACUGAUCUAAUGCUAGCUACCCAACCCAACUCCCCAAAUGUCUUUUGCUGAUUGUUGACAAAUUAUAUACCUAUCUAGUUUUUUGUAAUGUAUUUCUUUGCAGGAACUCCAAAAUGUCCAGUUUUAUACACAGUUUCACACCAAAUCAAUCUUAAAUCUAUUAUGAAAACAUUAAUUUGAAAGAGUAUUCUGAACUGAAAGUGCUAAAUAUGACAUAUAGAAGUUUUUUUUGUUUUUUUUCCUACCUUAAUGUGUGAUUUUAAAAAAGAAGUAAUCAUAUAGGGAUAGACUAACUGUAAUAUUAUCUACUUCUGUAACUUGUCUACUGUCUGUAAUGAAAAAAAAAAAUAGAUAUUUUAAAAAGCAUAUUUUUAGGAACUUGAUGAUGAUGGUUGAAUAUAAUGUUUGACAACCAGUUAAAGGAUGAAAUGUAUUGUCGUGUCCUUGUCUGAUAAAGAAAUUAAUACUAUAUUUUCAUGGCCAUUUCACAUACUAUAAAUUUGCAUUCAAUGAUUGAUGCAAGUACUAUAUUCCUAGAUGGUCAUAGAAAAUAUGCAUACAUAUUAAUUACGGGCUACAGUAUUUUACUAUCAUCGCAUGAAAAUUAAAUAUAUUUAUUUUUGAUAUUAGAGAAACAUAACUUUCUCUUGAAAAUGUAUGGACUAUCCUUUUUUUUUAUUGAAAGGUAUCAUUUUCACCACUUGGUCAAAACAUAUCACAUAUCAUAAUGUAUUUGCAAGGUAAAUAUAUUUUUGUGUGCUGAAGUCUAGAUAAUGGGAAUGCCAUAACAUGCACAAACUAAUAGGAAUAAUUCACAGAAAUCUUACAACUACACAAAACCUGGAAUUAAACCAAUUAUUUGCAAACCAGCCUUUAAGGCACAGCAAUGGCCCAGGUUCUACCAGUAUCUCCAUGAGAUUAAAACACGGGCCAUUUGCAUGCUUUGACGACUGGGUUUGGAAGCACUGCACUAAACCACACAAUGUUGUAUUUAAGGUAAACAUGGAUUUGAAGAAACCACAGUGUUCUACAUUUAUAGAUGCAUCAUUGUAAAUUCCAUAGUCAUACUUAACAACAUGCCAGAUUCAUAAUAGGGAAUUCGACAGUCGUGGAUGCCAGCUUUUUGUGCCUUCUUCUUCAGGGCAAGGAAUGUCCUAGUGCCUCUACCCACUCAUUAACUCAAAUCACCCUCCUGUGAUAAUUUAUUUUGGGUUAGUUUUGCCUUGUUAUGCCAAAUGGACAGUAGCCUUAAAUCUGUUCAAAACCUACAGGGGUAGAUUGCAGGUCCUAAAGAUGAUUUUGUUUUUAAUUCUGUCCUUUAUUAAGCCUCUAGUGAAGUCUACAUUGAAGUUUUGGCUUAAGUGGUUAGUGUCCUGGGUCUAAGACUAUUACACUCUAAAAGGUUAAUAUAUUUUUUCAUUGUGUCCUACAAUUAUAUAUUCAUUGGUUUGGUAACCAAGCACUAGACACUUAGAUACCUAGAUAAUGUAUAGCAAGCUCAGAUGUAUGUAUCUUAAACAAUAUCUACUGUAUUAUACUCUUGGAGAAGGUACAUGUCCAAUUGGACCGAAUGGACACCUUCGAGGCAAGCUAUGAAAAUAUACGUGGUGAGCUGGUCAGCGCGGUAGAAUGUUUAAUUUAUGCCGUGUCAACUGUUCCAGGCCUCUUUUGACAAAUCAAUCUAUUUAUUUUGAUAUCUAUUUCUAUCUGAAAAAUCUAAGUAAAGUAUUUUCUGAAGACAUAUUUCUUGUUUCUGAAUUUGAUGUUUGUUGUUAAAAUUUAUAAUAAAGUAAAUAUUAAGCUAUA